AUGGAGAGCACGAGAGCGCACGGGGAAACUCUGCUCGUUACAAGACACAGUGGGGGAAAGAUCAUUGGAUCAACGGCCAUGAUGAGUGACCCACCCCAGGGACACCUCCACCUGCGGCGGGCUGUGAUUUUUCUCCUCGCGCUCACGAUACAACCGCAGGUAAGCCACUGAUUAAGUGCUAUUUUGGGCUCUUAAACCCCCGAAGCUGACUUUUAACUGUGGUUUAGCCUGUUUUUUCUUAUCACAGCUGCGUGCAAACAGUCAAUAAUGGAGUCCACAAACACACACACACACAUGCACACACACACACUGUCCAAUCCUUCUUUGUGCUGCCCUCAUUCUGCUCCUCCAUGGCGCUGUGCCCACCUGUUGUUUCAGCCCGCUGGUGUCUGUCAGCCCACGCAGAGAGCUACUGUAAUACUGAUUUAGAAACAGAAAAAAGACAUGUUUGCUCAUGGGAAUGUUUAGCAAAUUCUUAUUUCUUAGCUCUGUGAGUAAGUGACUGUUUAUUAUAGCACUGCUUGUAUACCAAACAAAGAGUGUAAUGAGGCAGACAUAAAACAAAUUAAGCUCAAUGAUUGCUGACAGCUGCUGCCUGUGAUUUAUUUUGGGGAUUUCAGUGACAAAAAAAAUUGAAAAUAGUUUCUCUGAAAGGGCUUUGGUGGCCCCUGAAUAAAAGAUGAUGGAUUUAGAGCUCCUUGAGAACCAAUCACGCCCUCUGCUCAGUGUCCAUUCCUCUUUAUGAGGGAUGGAUGCUUCUGCAUUCCUCUGCAUCUCCAUUUCAAAAGGUUUUUUUUCCUGCUGGUUCUUUGUUUCUUUGCCACUUUCUGACAUUUUCAUUUAAACAUUUUGUUGCACACGUCCUUUGUGUGUUAUUUGCAGGUUUUUAUGAAUGACAUCAUGUCUCAGCAGGUCCUUCCCUCAGCAAGACCUUUUAAAAACGAUUCCAGCUCCUUGUUUUGAGCAUCAUUGUGCCAAAAAUAUUGAUAACAAAAGUGCAAAACUACAUUUUUUCCCCUGUCACCCUCUGAGCUGUCAGGCAGCUGCUGAUCAUGAUGCCUAUGAUGUGUGACAGGACUCAGCAGUAGCUCCAACAGGCCCAGAGGUGCUCCACUGUGUGCAGGUGUGUGUGUGUAUCAGUGUGUGAAUGUGUUUUCUGAACACAGAGCUCACAUCCAGCAUGUGCGUAUCCUGGGUGUGUGUGGAGCCCAGGGCCACAGCAGAAUAAACUCCAGGGCGUGUGAAUGUUGAACGAUCGGGCAGCUCUGUGUCUCUCUCUCUGCACCUCUGCAACCCCUGCACAGCUAAGAAACAACACACUCCACUCCCUCUGCUCUCUGACUGCACUGCAGUGUGAAACACACACUUUGGAUCCUCUACUGCUGCUGAGGUGGCUGAUGGUUAUUAAUGCAGGAGACAGGGGAGCAUGUUUGUGAGAACAGGUCUAGAAAUGUGCAGAAGAAGAGAAAUGAUUGAAGUUCAAAUUUUUGCUGCAUAGAAUAAGCUUGAAGACGGUGUUAUGAUGUGAAAUUACAUCUGUGAGCGAUCAUGUACAGCUUUGCAGAUUCAUAAACACUAAGUAGAUCCGUUUGGAUUGAACACACUUGAUUUCUUUUCAUUUUAAGACUGUUUAGGACCGCGCUCAAUCACUGCUGCUGUCUCCUAAUAACCCGCCACUCUUCUUGCUAUUAAGAUUAACUUGCUGAUGAUCUAGUUUAGUUUAUUGCAGUUCCUCAUCGGAACUUUAACUCUGUCUUCUUUAUAGAAAAGUCUAAUAACUUAGCAGUCUGAGUGCUUUUCGAGGUCGCUGGUUUGAUUCCCAGCCAUGACCCUUUUGCUGCAUGUCGUCCCCCACAUUUCCUGUCCCUCUUCAGCUGUCCCGUCUGAUAAGGGCAAUAAAAAAUAAUAAAAAUAAAUGUCCCCCUCAAAAACCCAAUAAUACCCGGUUAUGCCAGGAAAAAGAAGAGAGUCUUUGCUUGAAAUUGUCGCCCCGUUUUUAUACCCUGUGCAGAAGUUGACCCAUUUCUCUAGAUCUUCAAAAGCAAAGCAGUGAAAUCCAUGAAACUCUAAUCCACAGCAAAGGUCUAUUUACUAUCCGAGUAAAACUGCCACUUUAUGAUAUUUUCUUCCUGUAUUUGACACUGAAACUCCUGUAAGGAAACUUUAAAGUUGUUUAAGCACCCCCUGAGGACAAAGCAGAACCUCUUAUCUCUUUUCUGACUUUGUCCUGUUCAUGUUGAAGUCGUGUUUCUUGGAAAGAAAAGGACUCACUCUGCUGUGUUUGAACAGUCUUUCCUGUGGAACAUGUAAAAAGUCUGUUUUAGAAGCACACAGUUAAUCUCUGUCUGAUACCUGCCUCUUACUAGUGGUUAAAAUGAGCUUUAAGUGCACGUUAGUCAUCGAUAAUAAUCGCUCUUCUUGUUUGCUUUUAUAGGCAAGAAAGUGGCAACAGAUAUUCUAUUUGAGUUUCUGACUAAUAUGAAGUACAGCUGACUUUGUCUUUGAAUUGUGCUUCACUGGUUUGUUUUUGUUGCUUUUAACGUAUCCUUUAACUCAGCGCUCUUGUUUAGUCACUUGGAUUACUUGUUAGGAGUUUGGACAACCUUUAAAACUUAAAUACAGCUCAGACGCUGAACCAUAAAUGCACUUCGAUCCUCAGAUGCAGAGGAUUUGUUGUUGAAGUUGUGCUUUGGUCCGACUAUCUCCUGCAGAGCUGGUCUUAGCCUUGGCGUGGUUCCCCCCCUCUCUCUCAGUCUCUGUGUCUCCCUGACGUCUGUCUCCUUCUCUCUCCGUCUCUCCUUCCUCUCCCUCUGGUCGGACUGGGCGCUGAAACGCUGGUAUGCCGAGAAUGAUUUGGCCGGCGAGAGGAGGAGAGGAAGAAAGGAGGAUGUAGAGUGAUGAGCGCCACUGUAUCUCCACAAACCUUUUGAUGUCGACCAGUUCGACCCCUCUCCCUCCCCUCCAUCCCCGUGACCCCUCCCACCUCACCCUCUCUCAGACAGGGACAGGGGCAGGAGAGGGACACACAGGCACACAAAGGGGCGACUCACACUGUGGUUGUGCAAAAGACUGAGUAUAUAUCAGAGCUUGUUUGUUGUAGUGAUACCUAUCCAUGAUCUUUACUCCACUUGGGGACACAUGAGUCAGAAUCUUGGUUUUAAUGAGCAACCAUUAAGUCCGGUUUUGAGCAAAAAUGCCAAAAAAAAAGCUGGAAUUAUUCAGAUUUAUUCAUCGAUAGAGGUUUCAUGGCAAACAGAGAUAAAAAGUGCCUCUGUUUCAGUGUUUUCAUAAGCCAAAGUCAUUAUUUCGUCUGCUACAGUGACAUACAGACCCACACAUGCACGCACAUACCUGACCCUGGUGCCCCGCUGCUCUCAGGGGGUCUUGUUAACUCUGCAGUGUGUGUGUGUGUGUGUGGGAAGGGAUAGUGUGUAUGUGCGUCUCCUCCGCCCAUCUUUAAACAGGGAGGGGAACACAAAAGAAAAGAAAGAGAGGCAGAUGAAAAGGAGAAGGGCAACAAUGCAGAAAAGAGCUGAUGGCCACAGAAAGAGAAAUGACAGGAGAGAUACAGCUCGUUCCCAGAUAGAGAAAAUAGAGGGCAGGAGGAGGGGGAGGAGGAGGAGGAGGUGGAGGAAGACCAUGAGCAGGUUCUCAGUGUCAUCGUCCCCUGGGAGGAGAGAGUGAGAAAUAAGAAGGGAGUGGUGGUGACACAUAGAGGAGUAAAGAAAAGAGAGAAAGACAAGGAAGUGGAGAGAUAAACAGUAUUAAAUGGCAGGAGUGAGGGGGUACUUUUCCAUGAUUUAGAUGGAAAGACUUGUGGGAAUCAAAGUUGCUGUUUGAUGUCUGUGGUCGGGUAACUCGCUGAUAAACAAAUUACACAAAGGCGACAAGAAGGCUGCUGCAGAAGUAGGAACAGCACUCUUCAGGAAGCAUGAUAGUCUAAACUAGAACUUUCUUCGAUGUAUGUUGUCCUGUGGUUGUGUAAGAAUGAUGCGUCAAUGCGGGCAUCAGUCUCGCCUCUGUCCAUCUCUCUCUCUCUGCAUUUCUCUCUAUCCUUUCUCUUAACCCAAUGCAGACUUGUCUGACUUGUCUGGUUCUGCUCAAGGUCUCUGCCUGUUAAAAGGAAGUUUUUCCUCCCCUCUGUUGUUGCAGUCUGUUUCACUAUCAGCUAUAAUCUUAAGAAGCUCAGAUGUGCUAUACGAGGAAGUACCCUUGGUGUUGAAAUGAAGGCUGACUGUAAAAGCUCAGGAAGUCCCAUUUCCAUACAUGCGCAUAAUACGCAUGUAUUUGCAUGAUAAAAGGUGUGGCCUAGUUGAGAUGUAACUGUCUGCAAGGAAGCUCAUGGCCUGUCUCAGAUCCACGUCUUUGUUUCCAUGUUGACUAAGUUUUACUGAGUUGGCCUCAUCAAAAAAGCAACAGCCAUCAAUUAAUAAUAAUAAUAAUAAUAAUGAUAUUAAUAAUAUCUUGCAUUUGUAUAGCGCCUUUAAAGAUACCCAAAGCGCUUAAAGGUGGGGUAGGCAGGAUCUGAGGAAGUGCCAGUUUUUGGGGAGAAAUCUUGAAUGUAAACACGACCCCUCCCAACCAGUUUUCCCCUCAGCUCCUCCUCUCCCCUCCCUCUCUGCUCCUUCAAACCCCGCCCACAAACAGACGCUCCUGCUCGCUCGUAUCGUUUCAAUUAAAUUCAGAUAUAAUGCAGAUAAAUACUUCAGAUCAUUACAAAUGGGGCCCAGUUAACGUGGAAGUAAACAGCAUUGGUGCUACUGUAGAUGACAACAGACUUCCAGCAAACACAAUGUUUGCAGGACUUCUACAACUAGGAUAAAGUGACAUAGUCCAGGACCCGAGGUAAACAGUUUAGCGGCGCUAUAACACGCAGCAGGUCCCGUUUGAGAAGAAACACUUCUGUUACAGACACUUGGCUUACUUUGUUAAAGCGGUUUACCUGUCAAGCAGAAAGGUUACAGGGUCCCUAAGAUCCCAAAGCAUCCCCCAUUAUGCUGAUGUUGACCCAGCUUCUUAGCUCUUGUCUGGUCUACCUCCGUUUUAAGCACCUGUUAUUCCGCCAGAGUCUCUGGUGUUCGUUUUCUUGCUUAUGUCGGCAGUCGUGGCCAAAGGAGGAUUCAGACAAUUUCCCGUACUUUCUGGUUGGUUUCUACUGUCUGAUAUUGUAGCAUAUUAUGUUUGUUUGGGCUUGUGCACGUUAUUGGAGGACGUUGAGCAGGGUCAGCCUCACAACCAAUCAGGUUGGUGGAGGCGGAGAAUGGGUUUGUUUACAGUCAGAAAGAGCGGGCGCACAAAAAAUUUAAAAUCUUGACUUCACAGACAUAACAAAACACAGCGAUAUCGUUACAUUACCAAAUGUCAUCAAUAACUAAUAGCUACUGACUGAUAUUAAAAGCUUUUUUGUAUAUACAACACAAAGAAAGAUGCUUCUUUAACGAAAUCCCGCCUACCCCACCUUUAACUUUGCAAAACAUAUGCACCCGCUUUGGUAUCUUCUCUGUAACUAGCUUCCACCAGAAGUCCCCUUAAGCAGUAUAAAAAUAGUGGAAGGGACUUGGCUUGUAUGGUUCGGUGUAAAUCUGCCUCUUGGUGCCUUUGAGGACAAUUAAAAGUUUUGAUUUUCAUGUGCACUGUGCAAAUGACUUUAGCAUUUUAAUACCUGUUCUUUCUAAGUUUAAUUAGUCCAGAUAUUAAUGCAAUUUUCUCUUUCCUGUCCCUGCCCCUCUUCUCUCUCUGGACCCAGACCGUCUGUGCUGUUGGGAUGUUUGAGCUCCAGAUCCGUCACUUCCGAAACCCACACGGACUCCUCCAAAAUGGGGACUGCUGCGACCUCCCAGCCAUUGGGGGGCAGCGCUGUUCUGCUAUGGACCAAUGUGACACAUACUUUCACGCCUGCUUGAAGGAGUACCAGAACCGGGUCGCCCCCACUGGAGCCUGCACCUUUGGGUCAGGCAGCACCGGGAUCCUGGGCGGAAACUCUCAGUCGCUCCACCACAGAGGACACGAUGGAGGAGGAGGAGGACUAGGAGAGGAUGGGACUAAUGGACACAUUGUCAUUCCCUUCAAGUACGCCUGGCCAGUAAGUACAGGGGCAGUGCUGGUUAUCAGUAUGGUUACCAAGGGAACAGGCAAAGCUUCAAGUACAACAAUACACUCAAAGUGAGGCUCGAGUGGAAUAACAAUGGCACUCAGAGUUCAGGCAACCAUGCUUUUACACCCUCACUGUGUGUGAGUGAAAAUUGGCCUUAAAAAAACACACAAUAGAUAGAAACUGGAUAACAGUGACUGAACACCUGUGAUCCAUUUGAUACAUCCUCACAGCAGUGUAAACAUGUGAAAAUACACUGAAUAGAUUUUGCCAAUGUGGAUGAAAAGUCAGAGUUAUGAAACACUCUUAGAAAAGUUUGUAUCGUAGGAAUACUUCUUCUUCAUUCUACACCAGCUUCUCCCAGACAGCAAAAACAAGAGUCGCCUGAAUGUGUGUGAGGAAUAGUUAUCAGAGUAUUUCAGCCUUGUGUUUGACAUCUAAUAUGCAGGGUGUAACGCACAGCAGCUUACAGAUCAUGGAGUCAGAAAAGUCAGACAGCGCACAGCUUGUGCUCAUCAAGAGGUGAUACAUCGAGGAUCAUUUACUUUGUUGUCAGAUUUCUCUUGAGCCAUAAAGGUUAUGGAUGUGACAUGAGCUGUUUGCCGUACCACCCUAACUAAACAUCCCAUGAUGUGAUUACAGGUGAUCAAGGAAAUGAUGCAACACUGUUUGAGACUUUAUAAAUGGCUUGCUGUGCACAAGUCAAAGUCUCUCCUUCCUUUUCCCUCUGCCUUUUCUUCCUCAAUUAAUCUGAAAACUCUGUCUCUGUGUGACGAACUCUGCGUCUCUUUAUUGCUUUCUUCACUUCAUAUUGAACAAUUUGCCUUAGGAACAAACAUCACGCUGUGUGCCUCUCUAUCUCUGUCCUCAUUAAAGAGUGGACCAAUUAAUCCUCCAUUAGCACAGCAGUUGAUGAGCACAGCCAAGAAAGAAGUAUUGAUUCUUCAUUUAGUCCACCUUUUUCUUACCUCUUCUGUACCUCCCUGCCUCUACCUCUAUUUUUUAACACAUUGUUCAAGAAAAACAAAAACAAAAAGAAUCACAAAUAUCAGUGUAGAGAUAAUUAGAUUAUAAUCUAGAAGUGCUUCAAUCAGGAAAGACCACACAUUAAGUGUUAUGGUUGAAAUAAUUUAAGCUGGGUCGAUCUGCUUUUCUCUGGAUUCGAUUCUUCUAUGAUUUUUUUGAACGCCAAUUCGAUUUAAAUCGCGAUUCUACGAUAUUGCCCAUUGUUCUUGAUUUUUAACCCCAGUGAAACAGUUGAAUGAUUAUGAUUGUCUACUGACUAUUUCAGGAACCAUAUUUCCCCCAAAAAUACACAUGACAUGUAAGUCAGUUUUUAAGAUUUAUUCUUAAAUUUAAAAAAAAAAGAUUUUUGAACAUAAUUAUCAAUUAAAAAUUGUAAACCAAAAAAAUCACAAAAAUUAUGUGAAUUGAUUUUUUUCCCCCCACACCUAUAAGCCGCCCCUUUUUUUCAUUAUUGACACAAGUUAUGAGGCAUCAGCGGUAAAACAAUCAACGGUAACCAUGAUUUGUUUGUCAGCUUGUUUACAGUUGGAAAUUUUUUGGGGCCAAUAUGCAAAGAAAACUCCGUAUUUAAUCUUUUCAGCAUUAAAUAUUAGUGCUUUUUUUUUAAAUCAGCUUCAGUGUCUUCAUAUUUUUAUAUCAAGAAAAUUUAUUUCAUUUUAUCUUAUUUAAUCUUUAUUUAACCAGGUAAAAUCCCAUUGACAUCCUUAUCAUAAAUAUCACAUGUCAUAAUAAAUGCAAUAGAUAUAAGGGAACCAACAACAAAUUCACGGUUAAAGUGCAACAAUUUCGGACAAUUACAAUUUAUAAAUAACCAAAUAUAGAGCAAAAGAAAGCACCCAUGCUUUAAACUGAUUCAUUCUUCAUUCAAUUUGGUUUACAGAAAAUAUAAGGAGUUAUAAUUCAGCAACACAAAGAAACCAUUAUAACUCGUAUUUGCUGAAAUCCACCAGUCUACCACUCCAUCAGGCCCAUCUUUUACUGACUUUUCUCUUCAGUCAUUAGAGCUUGUUUGUCAAUAUUGUUUAAAGGGAAAACCUUGGAAACCUCUGAAAAGACUUUGCAAGGACACCCUAGAGAGCUACAGUCUUUUCAGAGGAUUGCAGAGGUUUUGUUUGUCUCUGGGUUUUACUGAAAGAAAUCCUUUUACAUUUUGUUUCCGAUCACCCGAGCACGGUCUGUCUUUUAUUAAAGUAUGACAGAAGUUCCUGCAUAAAAGCAUCAUGAUUAUAUUUUGUUAUAUAUCCCAGAUGGAGGUUUAGAUAGGUUAACAAACACUUUAAUUACAAACACACCGACUUAACUGCACACACCAUCCACACUUGCAUGCGUACACACACACACACACAAGAAUGUAACACACAGUUGGCUUAGGUUUCUUCUUUGUGAUUAGUAUCAGCCCAUUUACCUGUGAGACUCUCUGUCCCAGAACCAAUUAUCCUCCCUUAUCUGUGUACAAUACAUUUCUGUGUGUGUAUGUGUGUGUUAUAUGUGUACUUUGUGAGUGUGUGUGUGUGCGUCUUUCACACAUUUUCGUGUCCUUUCCUGUACAUUGGGGAAGUAUGUGAUUGGCAGGCAAGAGUGUGAGAAAGUUUUACCGUCAGAAAGUGUACCUGGAUCAGUUUCAGGGCUGGGCCGCGGGGCGAGCAAGGCUGGACUGCAGAGGGAGAGAGAGAGAGAAAGAGAGAGAGAGAGAGAGAGAGAGGUGGGACACAGAGGAGCGAGUAACAGUGCAUCUCGGGCUGAAAGACUCGCUUUAUCUGACCAUCUCUGUGAGGUGGAGGGUGGAGAAGGAAGAGGAGGGGGAGAAGGAAGGGGAGAGAGAGAGUGAUCCUCCUGCCCCAGGUGAGGGGAUGAACAGGUGAGCGAAGUCAUUAUGAGGGAAAGGUGAGCUCUUUCUCUCCCGCCUCCCCCCCUCACUUAUUCAGCCAUUCUUUCUCUUUUUCUCUCACUAAUCUCUUCAGGGAAAUGUGUACAUGAGUAGCUGUGUGUGUGUGUGUGUGUGUGUGUGUGUGUGUGUGUGUGUGUGUGUGUGCUGUGUGUGUGUGUGUGUGUGGGCUUGUAUUUGGUUAUGAAUCGGAGUGCUGAGAUAAUUCUUUGUGUUGUGUUUGUUUUGUGUACGCUGUCAUCGUGAUUGCAGGAGGGUUUACAUCCCUGUGAGGCUGCCGUAAAUCUGAGCAGGAUUUCUCAGGAACUUUUUACCAGACUGUUAAUAUAAUCUGGAUUAUUUUCUGUUAGUCUUAUAAAGUUACUUCUGAUUGACAAACUUUUGACCAAAUAUCCAACAAAAGAUCCUGAUCUCUGUCUCAUACAAGGGGAUUUACUUUAGGGCUAAAGGAAAGCUGUUUUGGGUAUGAAUGCUCAUGGACAGAUAAUGGAGAGGACGUAUUUGUGUAUGAAUACAGCAAGUUGAAUGAUGGCUGAUGACUAACAUCGCUGCAGAUAUGCUCCACCUUAAUGAGAAACAGACAAACGGUUCACAGUCUGACACUAUGAGCACUUUGUGUUUGUAUUUUACUCCUUUGUGACCUUUGCCACGCUUUUGUUGUAAAUACCUCACAGCACAAUAGUCUCUCUUCUACUCAAGGUGUAGGCCAUCUAGUUGGCACUAGCUCCUCACUUAAAAAUUAGAGUAAACAGUCUUUGAACUCACUAAGGCAAUUUUCAUAUAUGAAACUAUUCCUGUUUGAUUAAGAGGAGCCGGACUGAAAUUUCACUUUAAAGGGAUACUCCGGCAUAAGAUCAAUUUAGGGUCCAACACACCGUAGCACUGAGUUAGACACUCCUUCGAGAGAUGAAUGUUGCCGACUGCUUGCUUCUCUGGUUAUACCAACAUUUGUGACGACCGCAGGAUGAGAUACCACGUUGUAGUUGUCCUCCUGGUCUGGUUUUAAACAGUAAAACUCGAGUGAUCAGUUACCCUUGAGAUCAUCUGAGGGACAUGGCUUCGUUUUCACCCUGGCAUUAGAAUCACAGACACUUAGUGGUCAGGGAUGGUUUAGCGGCGGCGCCUCUGCAGAGAUGGGAAAAGUUCAAAGGUUUCCUUAACUGCGAGGUUAUUUGUGGUGGUUUCACUGAUGGUUGUGUUUGGAUGACGAGGGGGAACAGAGUACAUUUUAAGGACAGUUUUCUGUUAUCUGUGUGUUUUACUGAAGAAGCAGUGAGUCCAGUUCAGUUCAAGCUAAAAUGAGGCAGGUCAGCCAGUAUCAAAUGUGCUAGUCAUGAAGUGAAAUAUAGUUCAAGGUCAGUCAGAUUUUCCUUUUCCCAGAACUGUUGUCAGACAUUGUAGAAAUAUAAUCCCUUUGUCUUUGACCUUUCACACUUAGAAGUAGUCCAUCAAUUCCUGGUUCAGACCUGCUCUUUUGUUCAAAUGACACCUGACUAAUGACAAUAUGAUAGAUGCUAUAGAAAUACCAUAAGCAUGAAGUGAGUGGAGUGAAGUCCCCACCGUUUAUAACCUUUGAGUGAAAAAAACUCAUUCAUGGUCAGGUUCACUGCCAGAGGCCAUCGCCGACUGAUCCUGGGAAAGACUCACAUAUCGAGCUGAAAGUGUGUGAACAGACGAAUGUACCAACUUUGUUCCUGUUGGCUUGUCACUUUUCAUUCCUGGUGACUGGUUCUUGCAUGUUUGCAUAGAUAGGACUCUAAUAUAUUUGUACUGGCUACCCCAUACUGAGUCUGAUGCCAAUUCAUACAGCAUGUUCACAGCACUAAGAAGGCAAAUACAGUUGAUAGAUAUUACACUUUGUGCUGAUGAUGUACUGAUAUCUCAUCUGAUAAGAAUGGUUCCUAAAGCACUCGAGUACUGCUUUGUAAAUGUUACAAUUCUGCACUCUAGUUUAUCCUAACAAAGCUGAACGGUUUUCUUCAUGAAGAGUGAUCAUUGUUGUUUCUGAAAAGGCUCACUUUUGUAUCUGUGUAUCUAAGGUGAAUAUUUUUGCUGCUCUGAGCGCCACAGUUGACAUUUCUUUCACUUCCAUUGUGCGGCGGUCGCGGAUGAUGUCUUUCAGGCACUUUGUGGAGAACAUCAGUGCACGUCUCUCAAUUAAUAUUCUGGGCGUCUUUUUAUAUCUUGGUUAUUUGGUCGGUAAACAUGCACAAAGGUGAACAUAGCACCUCCACCUCAGUGAAAUUCUUCUCAGGCGACUUCUUCUCUCAGGGCAUCAAGUUCAACAUGCAAAGUGUGGCUGUCAUGCAAAUAUGUGCCGGUGUAGCUGCUGUCGUCUUCACAUGUCUCUAUUUUCUCUACUGUUAUUCUUUUAUCUUUCAGAUUUAAAAAAACUUGAAAUGUCCAAUUUUUAUUUAUUUUAAAGGUAGUCGACACCAGAAGACCAGAGUAUGAUGUGGAGAGUUUGUGAGGGCUGUAGGUGGUUGAGGGGGCUGCUGCCAUUUUUAAUUACUUUAUAUGGUUCAGUAAUUUAGCCCAGUUAAAUGGAGUUGAGGGGGCUCUCCAUUUCUAAUUGGUCCCAAGAUAAGUGGAAGUAUUGUGAGAUUAUAAUAAUUAGGAGAGAGAAAAAAAUACAGCUCUGAGAAAGAACUACUCAUAUUGUACUUUUGGAAAUCCUUUAUUGUUUUAAAUAGAUAUUGAUUAUAUUAUUUUAUUGGAUUUAAAGCCCUCAUCAGAAUUGAUUGUUUUGUUAUUUUCUCUUUUGUGGACAUGAAAAAAAAUAAAAAAUAAAAUAAAUAAAUAAAUAAAAUAAAUCAAGCUCAUCUAAAAUGUGAUAUAAACAUGACUCUCUGACUACUUUUAACCCAAAUAUUUACCUUAUAUUUUUUCAGAUUUUUAGUGAUACUUUCCUGAGCCAAGGUUUUGCUGAUUAGAUUUUUUAAAAUCUGAGAAUUCACUUAAAUUCAGCUUUUUUUGUUUCUGAUUUGUUCGCAUCAAUAAAUUAUAUUUUGUCAAACAACUAAAACAACAACAAUGCAAUGUCGGCACUAUAUAUCAGCAAUCGGUAGACCUGCUCCCAAAGGUCUUUUUGGGUUUACAGUCUUGGCUCUCACAGGUUUUAGGAAGUGCUAUUUAUUUGCUGAGCACAGAUUCAAGUGAGACUUCUGCUCUCAGUUCCUGCAUAAUCAUAUGGACUUUUUUAACAUUUGGAUUUCCUUUAAAAAAAAGUUCAUAUUGGUAUAGAUAUAGAGGUAGAGGUCUGAAAGAUACUUGGAAAGCACAAGAUGUGAAACUUGUCAAUUUUGUUACCUUUGAGCAGAGUUUGGUGAGCUUUUCCUGCUCUUUCAGAAAACUAAAAAUACCACUAUUCACAGUAUCCUCCUCUGAAAUGUGGCUAACUAGAAGUAUAAAGCAGCUUGAAAUGAAAAUGCUAAUGUCAUGUAAAUGUACUUUAGAUUGGUUCUUUAAUUUUCUACUUUGCUUCCUCAUUUAAGCGCUUAUAACUAUUCCCUUCAAUACUUAACCAGCUUUGAAGAAACACACACACACACACACUCAUUGCGCUGUAACCAAUGCAUUCCUGCUGUGUGGGAGCGAAACAGGGGGAAGUCAGUGAAGGGAAACGAAAGGAGAGAAGCAUAGUCGGAGCUUUCUUUCUCUCCCCAGUCUCUCUUUCACUCCCUCUCUUCCCGGCGUUUGUGCUCUCCUCUCUUUUGUCCCCUAAUUGACUCACCUUCGCAGCCCUGCAUACCUGCAUGUAUGCUGAUACUGUUGUAUCGUUUGUUCACGCAGACCUGCAGGCUUCUGCACACACACAUAUGCACACACAAUUUAGUCUUUCUAACCUUCUUUCCCUAAAGACACACAACAAAAACGCACAGAAAAACACAAAGAAGGUUAAAUCCAGUGGGAUAAAGAGCUUGUGGUUUUAGAGAUAAGUUAAUAACUCGGGGGUAAACGUCUCGAGGGAAGCUUGUUUUAAUGAUUUCAUUUGUGUGCAAAUUGGAUUUAAAAGUGGGAGUCUCUUGGUUAGAUGAGAAAGAGACAACUGAAGCUUAAUUAACAUGAUGACUGUGAAAAUACAGUCUGCAGAUGUCAUUGUGUUUCAUUUAACGUGGGUAAAUAGACAAAUACACAGGUGUGAUUAGAGUGAAUAGUUUCCUUUUGUUUGCCAUCGAUCUAUUCCAGCUCAUGUCAUAUCUCCACGCUGUCCUUCUCUAACGUCUCUCACCUGUCCUCUAGUUUUAAUCAGUCCUUGUAAACCUUUAGUUCUUUCCAGUUGCCCUUCAGUCACAGCUCAUCCCUGUGGAUCACAGAGUUACAGACCGAUUUAUCAUAAAUCCUCUUCUCACUGUGGUUUCUUAUGUUUCAACAGGAGCAGCCACAGGCAUUCUGAAUCAUCACAUUGAGAAACAUGUUGUGUUUACGAAUUUCACUUUGUCCCAUGACGCCUCUUCCUCCCUGGUUUGUCAUUCCCGUCACGAAACAAUAACUCAAUGUCCAAGUCUAAGUAUACUAAACAUAGAUUAUACCAAAAUCCUUUUGAGAUGGGUAACUCUUGGCUUGAGGAGACUGUGGUGGCAUAUUUAUAUUUUAUUUCAUCUGCCACAAUAAAAACAAAUCAACAUAUUUGGAGGAAAACAUGCACAAUAAUGGAGAGAUGACGGUACAUGGAUAUUUUCCAGCUCAUCGCUUAUGCUGUUUCUGCUACAUACCCAUAAUUUUUCCACCUAAUUGCAGCGAUAGUCGAGCUCUGCUCUGAUGGAAUUAACACUCAAUAUGCAAAAUCCCAUUGUGAUAGUCCAUUGGCAGGUUCGGAAACAAAAACCAAAGCUAAAAAAAAGAACAUCUUUUCUUUGACGAGCAUAAAAAAGGCCUUGUCCUAAUGUAGUGUAGUAUGAAGUGCUCACCUUACCUGAUUUAAAAUGUUUUUAACCACUUUAGAUAACUGAAGUGCCACCCCCUCAUGUAGUAACAGUGGCAGAAAUAUAACAGAAUUUUGAAGCAAUAAUCAUCCUGUAUCAACGACAUUUUCAUAUUUAAGCUCUUGUGAGGAACUUUCUGUCUCUGUUGACUUUUGUGCCCCCUGUAGAAGUAUUAACCCUUGUACUGUUGAGGCACAACACUGUUAAUUUCAGUCUGUUUCAUAUCCCAUAGUGUUUUCAGGUGUAAUAAAGGCUUUGUUAUAGGUGUUAUUGAUGGUUAAUAAAGGCCUUUGGUACAGGUGCCAUAGAAAAAGGUAAAUAAAGUUUUUUUGGGGGCGUAUUAAAGAUUUAAUAAAGGCUUAAUUUCAAGUGUAAUAAAGGCGUUGUUAUGAGUGUUAUUAAUGGUUAAUAAAGGCUUCAUUUCAGGUGUAAUACAGGCUUCACAAAGGCUGAAUGAAGGCUUUGUAACACAUGUAAUAAAGGCUUAAUAAAGGUUGUUUUAGGGGUGUAAUUAAGGGUUAAUAAAGGCUUCAUAUCAGGUGUAAUAAAGGCUUUGUUCUGAGUGUUCUCAAUGGUUAAUAAAGGCUUAAUUUCUGGUGUUAUAAAGGCUUUGUUAUGAGUGUUAUUUAUGAUUAAUAAAGGCUUAAUUUCUGGUGUUAUAAAGGCUUUGUUAUGAGUGUUAUUUAUGGUUAAUUAAGGCUUAAUUUCUGGUGUUAUAAAGGCUGAAUGAAGGCUUUGUAAAACAUGUAAUAACGGCUUAUUAAAGGUUUCUUCAUAGGUGUAGUAAAGCCUUUACUGUACAGCCUCAAAUAAGGCAUUAAGGACUUGUUUUUGUUUUGUUUUGAUGACUGAAAACUUGUAACUUUGAUCAUUUUGGUUGACUGAGAAGUUCUUCCAUCUAGAAUUGAUUGGAUUAGAAGUUCAAAGACAGAGACGUUAAAGUAAUUACUUCAUAAUGGUCUGCAGCUGGUGUCUGAGAUCCCUGUUACAGCAUCUUUCCGUUGUUGUUCUUGAAUCUUUUCAAGUCGUUAAUAACACACCUCUUAAAGGCUGACAAGUCUGGCUGUGUUGGCAACUCUGCAAAGGUCGUAGAAAAUUAAUGGAUCACCUUUUUUUCAAGGCAAAGAAAACAAAGCACCAAACCUGGAAUCACCAGAUCAUCCAUUUGACCAUCUUUUAGUGUAUUUUUGCCAAGACUCACCAUAAACUUUUCACUUCUUUGAUUUCUGUGCAACUGGUGGUUUCUGAAGAUUAAGCAAUCUGCGAACACACUGCGAAAUCCCAUUACUCCAUCAGACACACACCACUCCCACUCUUGUUCUCUUUUCUUAGUCAUAAUUUCUCUGAAAGUGCAGCGGUGAAUGUGAGGCGACUAGACAGGGUAAUUUCCUGCUAAAGUCAGAGAUGAGGAAAGGGGGUGUCAGAGGGGGCGAGGGCGUUCAGUCUGGGUAGGGAGGAGGAGGGGAGGGUGACGGGUGGUAGAAAGAGCACAAGGUUGAUGUUGAUGUCAACGCGGCGGAGGCGAGACCGAGGGAAGUAGGAGUCAGGAGAUGAUCUCAGUGUGAGGCCCGCAGGUGUUUUGGGUGGGGGUCUGGGAGAAUCAUAAGCAGCAGGAGGUAAGCGGGGGAGGAGGGCAGGAUGGAGAUGGGGCAGGGCGACAUGGAGGAUGAGGCCUCAUCGUGUCGAGAGGCCUCUGUUGUUUGAAGUAGCUGCAUAGUUCAGUGUAAGCCAAUUAACCCUGCAGGAAUGUGACUGUCCGACACAGGGAGAAAGAGAGAGAGAGAGGGUGAGGAGAGAGACAUACUUGUUACUCCAGUAUUUUUAUUACACGCUACUUUUUACUUCUACUCCUGAACAAUUCAGAGGGACAGAUUGUCCUUCUUAAUGUUUGUUUAAGUUUUAAUGUCAUAUUUUGAAGUUCCAGUGAGUUUUUAUCGGUGAUCAACCUUCUCUAAACUGCUUGUGCAACCAAAAUCUUGCAAAUUACGCACUGAAACAUUUUCAUUAUUACCAUUAAUUUUAUUAAACUGAGCAACUUAGUAAUUUUUAUUUGCAAUGCUACACUCAUAAGUUUUGACAUCAGUUUUAGCUCUGCAUGCACUGGUUCUCCUUGGUCUUUAAUCAGUGUGUACAGAUAAAUCGAGCCACGAUCAUGGCUUGAGUCGGUUAUUUAGCUGGACUGCUGUUCUUGUCUCAGUUUACAUGUAACUGAUUUACUGGCAGAUGCAGGUGUGCCUCCGCUAUGGCUCAUUCCAGCUGCUCUAAUUUGAUUACAGUAUCCAUUUAGUUUUAUCCUUCUGCUAAGGGCUGAGGUGAACACCUUUUGUAUGUGUGUUUAAAGUCUUCCAACACCUCCAACUCCCCUGUGAUUAGACUUUUGACCUGGAUGGCUGAGAACUUUCAGAUAUCCCACUGAAGGAGCCCAAACUAGGUCCCCUUUAAAGGCAUGGUUGAUAAAAACUGAGCGCAGAACAAUAUUGCACUUGUGAAUCUCCUAAUCCUAACCUGACAGAUGAUGAUGUUUCACAGCCAUUAGGAAUAACCAAUCGGAGCCCAGCACUUCUCGCCAAUCAGAAGCGAAGGAGGGCGGGAUCUUCCCCUACCAUCCAAAAUAAAUAAAAAAACAUCGCGUAUGGGACGAAUGGCUCCCAUUGAUCAAUGUUUUUGCAGCUCUGCACCUGCUAGGGUAAAUGGAUUUUUUCCAUUAAUUUUUCUCUUCACUUUGUGGAGCUCGCAUGAUAAGAUCAUGCUCGCCAUAUAAACGAGGUUCAUAAUAAUUACCAAUCUCUCCAAUCGUCAACCAUGCCUUUAAGCAGCUACUCCAUCAAACUCAGUACUGAGUUUGACGAUGGAUGGAGCAGACCAGAUGAUAGUGGAGAAAUGUGAUGGAGAAGUGGAAAGUGUGUCAAAGGAAGGUGAAGUCUUGUGCUAAUUAUAUCAGGAAUGAAAGAAGAACAUGGAAGAUGGUCGAGAACGCGAGAACAGAGACAUUUAAUUAUAGAGAUGAAGUCAUGGGAGCAGGGUGGGGCAGACUGUUGCACAGUGGGGGUCUAAUUCCACAAGUGGUGCUCAGUGUGUGCGUAGGUGUGUUUUUAACCUGAGGGCAGGGAGAGGGCCAACAAGGGAUAAAAUCCACGGAGACGACUGAAAAAUUCCUGACUCAACUUAAUAUCUUCUGCUUUCCUGCAGACAAUCCGCUGUUUGAUCCAAAGUGAUUAAUUUUUGUUCUUGGUCACGGUGAGCUCAGAAUCAAUCAGCUCCAUGGAAAUCAGGUUUGAUAAAAAGCUUUUCAGAUUGAGUUUCCGUAUCCAGAAUCAGCCCUCAGACAUCAUUUUAGUGGAAAUCAAUCAGAUAUGUUUCAUUACUUGGGCUUUUUGACCCAUUACCAAGCCCAAGGAGCUGACAGCACGGUUUCAUCAUAUCUACCGUACUUACCAACAAUGAUGUCAGCUCUGCCACCAGAAUAGUAAUGCCAUUGUUACUGUGGUUACUAAUUUGUAGUGCAGGUGAGGUGUCAGCCAAUCCAAUCCAGCUUGGGCACAGCCGUCGUCAUGACAACAGUUUGCAUGUUUGUGUGAGUCUGAGUGUGUCAGUGUUUGUACAUGUGCGGGACUAUAAUUACUCCGGCUCUCUGAUGUUAAGGGCGAGAGCUGGCAGGUGUGUGAGAACAAAACGUGUCGAGCUGCGGGUUAUGAAUAUUGAAAGUUUGGUGGAACACUUGCAAAAUUAAUUCUUCCUUCAGCAACACAGAGAGAAUGGGAUUUUCUCUAUUAGUCUCCUGCUUGUAAGAGUGUGCUGACAUGUUUAUGUGUGUAAAGGCUUCAGUGAGUGUGUUAUAUGAUAGGGCUGCUACGAUUCGGCCUCCUGUGGAGCCAAAUAGAUUUUCAGAUGCUGCAAUAAACCCCCCCUGUCAGUAUACAGUGGAGUGAUAAACUAGAUAUAGGGUACUGAAUCAAUUUGAUUCAGUAUCCAUCCACCAGUAAUUCUCUAUCAAAUCGAUUUGUUCAGACUUAUGCAGUUUUUAUAACGGUGUUGUUUGAAUAUUAAGAAUCUUCUAAGAGAAGUAACAAAACUUUGUAGUUUCAAUGCUCUGUUUCACUUCUGCACACACUUUUGGAACUUCGCUCAGUCACACACCAGCGAAAGGUUGCGUGGUUUGAGUAUUCAUGAGGUGCUUUGGAAGGCAGCAUGAUCAACAACCCUGCACAGAUAAAUAUCCUAACACAGGGAAGUCAGACAGCCUUGUUUAUUUUUGCAGCAUGCUGAGAGCUGGAUGGUCUAACUUCAGCCUAAAUGUUGUUUCCAGUUGGGUUUGCCUCAAAUCACAUAUUUCCGCAGAGAAUACACGUAGGUGAUGGCUGGUUAAAUUGUUUUAGAGACACAGUAUUUCACCUCCAUGGUCCAUAUCUUGCAUAUGGAUUUGCUUUUGUCUGGCUCUUCUCUGUCUGUGAGGUUUAAGGUUUGUCGGUGCCUUCAGUGCAGCAGCUCUGGUCCUGCUAUGCUUGUCUGGAGGUACCAGCCUCUAGAGUGACCAGAUUUUACUGAGCUUGAGCUGGACUCAUGUGACCAGGGGCCACCUAACCUAUGGCAAAGUGGAUAUUUCGUAAGUUCAAUCUCAGGAUUUCAUAAAUCAACAAAUUACUAAUAGAAUGAAAAGGAUUUGGAUCAAAAAAAAUAAUUUCUUUACCCAGCCCUGCAGGGUAUCUGGAUGUUUUCUCAUUAUAUGUGUAUGAAGGAAAUUGGAAACCUGUUUUUGAAAUGAUGUGUCAUCCAGACUUUUUAUCAGUCAUUUCACUCCUGAUAGUGAAGUUGAUGCUAUCAUACAUCUAUAUUAUAUGUGUGGUACUGUAUAUAUCUUGUACUUGAAUAAUAAUUGUGUUAAUAUAUAUUUGAGUGACACUUUAUUUUAAAGAAGAGCCUGUUUCUUGAAGGCUUUGUAUAUAAUUUACAAAGAGUUUCAGUGUAAUUUGUUCCUUAUCAAAUUAAAAAUAGAGACAGGGUUUGUUUGGCAAACCUCCAGUAAAUUAAUUUCAGCUAAUUACUCUCACAGCAGGUCCACAGAACAGUCAACAAUGUGAAAUCAGCCUGCAGGCAGCAGUAUCCUAUGAAUUCAAAAAACAGAGUCUAUAAAUGUUCACUUUUCUAUACAGCAUUUAUAUAUUUUUUUCAUUAUUCACACGAGUAUGUGAAACCCAUCAGAGACAUUGCUUAAAGGGAUAAACUGACCUGAAGCUGUUGCGUGAAUCUUCAGCUCCCCUCCACUUAUUAACUGUUUAAUAGAUGACUCCUGCAUGCUGUUGAGUAAACAUUAUUGACUUUAUAAGUGAUGAACCUAGAGUAACAGAGGUCCUAUCUAACAAUCAACCAGUUUGCACCAUCGAUUAUAAAAAUGGGCAACACAACAGCUCACCACAAGUGAAGUUAAACCCUUGAGAGGUCCCUCUAGUGACUGGCUGCAGUGUACAUCCACCAUGACAGCUAGUUCUCAUGAGGUGAAUUAUGUACAUGUGUUCAUUUUUCUAAGAAAUUUGGUCCUAGUUAGUGAUUCGACGGUAUAAAAGGAGACAAUAGGAUGUCACGAUGAACAUGUUGACUAAUGCAGGCUCUGUGCUGGAUUAACAGCAGAAGAGGAAAACCGAAAGAAACCAGAACACUUAAGUCUGGCACACACCAAAGGGUUUUUAACCUCUUAACCAAUUUAAAAACAUCAGAGACCCCACACAUGGCAACAAGUGAUAGUUUUUUUUCCUACUGUGGUAUGCAACAACAUGGUGAACACAGCUCAGCACACACAAGGAGACUAUUUCCAUGAAGACUCACCAGCAGCUGAAGUCCGGAGUCUCAUGAUUUCAAGUCUUUGCAGCCAAAGGAUUUACACCAACCCCUUGACCCAUAGACUGUAUAACCACUGGACAUGGCAUCAGUGAUGUCGUCAAGCUGUUACUGAAGUGGAAUUUUAAAACCAAUCGCUGGCGGUCCCCAUAUUGGUAAUGCUAACUCAACCUAUUAUUUGGUUAACCUUUCUGGAGGCGGGACUUUAGGCUCUUCGCAAAUGGCUGCAGUGUGUCAGUCAAGUCACCCAUGGCUCUGAUUUGCCGAUCUUUUAACUCUGAUAGCUUUGACACAAAAAGAGAGAAGUUUAUCCAUAAGUAACAUCAGUCAAUGGGGUCUGCCUGAUCACUAUAUGCAUGUCUUGUGUUUAAACUAUGCUUGUGCACAUUACAGCUGUAUUUGGGCUUCACUUGUUGAAAGUUAUUUAAGUGCUUGCCUUAUCUUCAGACAAGGCAAGCGCUUAAAUAACUUUCGUAGAUGUAGCCAUCUUGUUUCAGGCCUCCAAUUUAGAUUUUUUCUCGACUUGGUAACUGAAACACUGGUUACUCGGGCGUGACGUCAUUUUCAGCUCCGACAUCUGACUUCUGAGGUAACUUGAAUGCAACAUAAGAUACAUCUUCCUGAUACUCAAAGCGACUCUGCCCCUAAUUUUGCUUGACUUCUUAACAGUAAUGACUAAUAAAUAGAUUGUUAUACUCAGGUUCGACCCCUGAACAGUUGUCACGGGUGAAGAAAUGAGCUCCAGAGCGACAGUCCAGUUUUUGUUUUUUUUUGUACCAGACUAUAAACAUGUUUGUGUGUGGGGUAAAAAUCUGGAGCCUGAUGAGGUUUGGUUGUUUUGAAGACAGCCUUAAGCAGUCACUGUGAAAACAGCAUUUUUUGGCUCUUACACACUGGCUUUACAUCACAGCCUUACUGGCUUCAACUCUCAGGGGGAUUGGCUCGACAAAUAAGCAACAGUUUGCUCGCAAGUGGAACAUAACUAAUUAGAGGGUGUUAAUGAGAACAAAAAUUGUUUUUAAGAUUCAAGUUGGAUCGGAAGCUCUUCCCGUCUGUGCCUCAGAGUAUAUCAGAAAUACAUGAAAUAAUGCAGACCUGUAAGAUGAAGUUUAACCUAUAUGUCUGUUAUGGUUUCAUAGAUAGACAGCAGCUAUUGUUUGAUGAUCAAAGCACAAAAUCGAGGUGUCGAAAUUGACAAAUGGCACGUUUCUUCUACUACAAUCUCCUUUGUACUGAGUAGAAAAAUAGUUUCUGUGCUGAUGCAAGCAUUGUGUGGAAAAAUAAAGACCCCCCCUCUCAGAAAUAUUGGAUGCAUAUGUGUGUGUGUCUGCAUUGCGUGUGCGUGCAGGUGUGCGUGUGAGUGUGUGCGCAUUAGUGUGUGAGCUCGGAGGGGAAAUUCCUCUCUCAGGGCUGGGAGUUCUUCCUGUCGUAGAGCUGUGUUUGUACAGCCUGGCUUUGUCGGGAUAUCCUACCCUGCCCAUGUCUGAGAGGGAGAGAGUGGGAGAGACGGUGGGAGGGAGGGAAGGAGGCAUGGCGGGGGGCAGAGAGGGGCACCCAUGUGGAGGGAGGGGUCACACCGAGGCGUUUGGAGGAAAGAGAAGUGGGCCAAUUUUUUUAUAAACCUUCAUUUCAUCAAAUUUGGCAUGCAUUCACAUACGUCUGUGCAGUGGUUUAAAUUUGCAUAGCUCACCAUAAUCCCGAGCUUUAUCGCUGUUGGCCUGGUGCAAGGCUGGAGAGAGGGGACGAGGCCAGACGAGCAGACAGCCUACAGCCUGGGGGAACGCACAAUUUAUAAUCAGAGCUAAUUCUCUUGUUUGGAUGUUGUCUUGUUUUUGGCUGGGAAACCUAUGUCAGCCCAUUCCAGGCUCCAACCAUCUGCACAUGUCAUGGCAGGGAGCAAUCAGAGGGGGAGCUGACCUGAACCCAGAGGUGUCACUCAGACUUACAUGCUGCAGAAAAAUCAAUCUGUACUGCUGAAAACUGGAAAUAGAAAGGAUACAGGGGAAUUAAAACCCACUUGUACACUUAAAAAAUUUGUCUUUGCAUCUGCUGAUUCCUGCUGCAGUUCAUCCUAAUGCCUGUUAAAAUGAAACACACAGCGCUUUAUCUGUAUUGAUUUAAUUGUUUCAUGUUUUCUUCUUAUGUUUUUUAUUUAUUUUCUGCACUUUUCUUCCCCCAAAGUAAGACUCAGAGAAACAUGAACCCUGCAGUUACAUCCAGUGAGUCCAACAGAAGACAAUAAUGUGUCUUUAAACUCAGGUUGGAGUCAGCCUUGUUGUUCGCUGACCUACUUUAUGUAGCACAGGAUGAAACACCAUGGCAGACUCGAGUGUCAUGAGUCCCUUUUCACACAACACAUAUUGAGUUAUCAGCCUCAGAUGUUACCGAACAAGUAACUGUAAAUCUCUGCCUUUAAGUUUAUUACGGCAUACUCGCAGACAUUGAAUUUAUAGUCAACCAUCUUGAUACAGUGUUAGUAAAAUGGGCCGGAGAUGUUCUGUGCCGGCUGAAUCCUGACACCUCUAUCAAAUUAUCAAAUAAAUGAAUAUUAAUAGAGAUGAAUGUUGCCGACCGCUUGCUUCUCUAGUUAUACCAACUUUAGUAACGACCGCACGAUAGCAAUACACAGCGGUCAAACAAACCUCAACCAAAACGCCACUCUAUAGCCACAAAUAAUGCUCAGAACAGCACCUAACUUCAUCAACAGUACAUAUCUGUAUUGCUGUCCUGCGGUUGUUACUAAAGUUGGUAUAACUAGAGAAGCAAGCGGUCGGCAACAUUCAUCUCUCGAGGGGGUGUCUAACUCGGCGUUACGGUGUGUUUGACCCUAAAUUAAUCUUACAACGGAAUAUCCCUUUAAAUCGAUUCUAUGCUUUGUGAGACAGGUACUAUUUUAUGUGUUGCUACGUGUGUCCUGUACUGUAACAGACAUCAGUGUUGUUAUUAGUUCCACCUUGUUAAAGUAUGUGCUGUAAAAAUGUUAAUUGUAUUUUUCAGAGGUCAGUAGAGAAAGAUUUCCCUAAUGUUGGAAAGUUUGUAAUGAUUCAUGUUUGUAAGGUUUAUAAAGAGGGUAAACCAACAUUUAGGGCCCUAUCAUACACCAACCAAAGCGAUCUUUGUUUACACUUGUUGUGCACAGAUAUCUUCUCCACCUUGUGCCCAGUAUCCAUGUCGUGUUAAAAGAAAUGAAACUGUAAUUAAAGAUUGUAAUAUUUUAUUGCGAUGAAAGAGUUAACGCUGACAGCUCAAGUAAAGACAGUCUGCUCAAAGUUUAUGUGCUAAUUAAAAAUGCAGUUAAUGUUAAUAGAAAUAGAAUUGUAAGUCCUUUGUGUUCUAAGAUUUGCUUCCCGCAAAUAGAAAUGCAAUCACUUUACCCAUCAAGCAGUGGGGGAGAUCAUUUCUGUUUCGCUUCGGGGAUUAUUACAGAAGAUGAGAUUGACUCACAGUCUCAUCAUCCUGGAAUCACUGCUUUCUUUUAAAGAAAUGCUUAUCUUGUUCAGUUUCUGUGAGCCAGGUUUCAGUAUUCAAUGUAUAUUGUGAGUCCUGUAUAGGGGUCAAACAGUAAAAUCAUCAUUCUUUGAGGUAAAAGUCAAGUUCAAGUCAAAUAUAACUUUUGCUUUUAUAUUUGAAAGAUGGAAUUGACGUAUUUUGAUUAAUUUCUUUUGACUGUUUUGAGAUUGACUAUCAUCCUUUGUUUGGUCUUCUCCUCUAAAAUGAUAACUAAACACACUACAUUUACACACAUGCACACACACACACACACUCUUUUCCCAUUAUGUCAUUUCCCUGCUGUCAUCACUUUGGCCAUUAUCUCCACAAAUGGCUGAAAUAACACUCAGAUGUCUGAUGCUGUUUGUGGCGGUUCGGGGUAAAAAUAUCUGCACUCUUGAGAUCUUAUCAGUCUGUCUCGGAGAUGUUUACCAUGUGAUUUUCCUCUCUGUGCGUGUUGUUUUUUCUGAAACAGAGAGCGAGGUCUCCGCCUGGCCUCUAAUGAAGCCUCAGGCGUUGGCAUUGCAAAAAAAUUGCUAUGGUAACCAUGUGUGUAAGCGUGCAAGCUGUUGAAAGGCUUUCAGGAAGGGUAUUUUGGUGAGUGAUUGUCUUGAGUUUUAAACACAAUUGUUUGGAGCUGUUUUAGUGAUUGUUGAUGUGAUUUUAACUUGGUAACUAUGGUAAGUUUGACCCCUCCUGGCUGCCAUACAAGAAGAACCCUGAUGCGGGGCUUUCUGCAGGUCCACCCUUCCUGUAUCGAUGACUGUAUCAUGUCAAACCUGGCUGUAAACACUCGUGGGUGGAGAGGUGUAAGAAAGAAAUUCGCACAUGGAUGGCAUAGGGUGUGGGUGGUAAGGAGAGGUACGUAUGGUGGAUGGAAGGAAGGGUGAGGAUAGAGGGAGGUUGAUUGGAGAGAUGAUAAGUUUGAGAGGUCUGUGAGGCGGCCAGGCGUGAGGUAAUGCUGUGUGGGCAUUUUGUAGAAGGGGACAGUUCAUCAUAACAGGCCUGAUGCACAAAUCACUUCAACUUGAGCUGUAUUUAUACCCUCUGUGCGUCUAUCAAACUGCCGCAAGAGCGAAGCUAAGAGGAUUACUCAAGUAGUGUACCUAAUUACAGUUUUAUUGCACUUUGUAAGUAAAUAUGUAAGUUUAUUUAUAGUGCUUUAACAGCAGACUUCCUAAAGUGCUUCACUGAAGAUUAAAAGAUUAAAAAGGCAAAACAGAGAGAUGUUAAAUACAGACGGUGCAGCUUAGAAGUGACAUCCUCAAACACACAGCCACCUGGCAGAUCAUGGAUGCUUUGUUUAGACGAGUACAAGGAGAGCCAAGAGGAGACAAAAGCAUGAACAAACAUCUCUGCUCAGCUAUAACAGGUCUGAGUCUGGCAUUGUUUGUUAAAUUGAAAAAAGGAACGAGCCUGAUCCAUUAUGACUGUGAGAUUAUGUUAAACAGGUUAGAAUAAAAGAUAAGAUUUGUUCUCACCUCUCCACCUCUAGAAUCUCAUGAUCUGGAGCAAAGAUGAUAACCUCAGUUUUAUUCGUAUUCAGCUGUCGAACAUGUCCUGCAAUAUAAGUGUUUAUAACCUUCACUCUGUCAGGUAAGAACAGACUACUUAGAGACAAUUUGUGGUUUAAAAGACGUGAUAUAAGAAGUCUUUUAAAGUCCUUGAACAAUAUCUAAAUCUGUCAUCUGCAUCUGGCAGUGGGGGGCCUGCAGAAAAACAACAACAGAGGGCCCAAAACAGAACCUAGAGGGACACCAGAAGACAGGCCAUCUAUUGGAGUUAGAUGUAUUAUAUCUUUAUUCAUACUUAAACACUUAUGUACACUAAUUUGGCAAAAUCUUUUACAUCUCUAAGCAAAAUAAACAGCUUUUUAUAUGUGGCUAAUACUUCUAUAGUUCAUGUUUUAUUUUAUAUCCUGUUUAAUUUCAGGGGUUUCUUGUCUUCUGCAGUUUUUUGACUGUAUACAAAUUUUGUUUCUUAUUUAUUAGUUUUAAUUUGGUGCUCACUGUUUGGCACUAAAAACAUCCAGAAAGCUCUUUGAAAGCGCAGCAAAUCCAUUUCUGAUUUAGACUCUGAUUUAACGUACUUAUAGUAAAUUAUAUCCAUUUUACAAUGUUUUUUUAAUUUUAAAUCUCUACAUUUCAGAGAGACAUCAGACUUUUUAUUGCACAGCAUUUAUCUGAAAUCUUGACUUAUGGGUUUAUUAAAUUAAAAAGUCUCAUUAGAGCAUGAAAUAAGUGUAGAGAGACACCAUCAAAGUGCUCACACACCAGUUUUGUCACAGGCUUCUGGGUUUUACUGUGAACAAGGUUUUAGAAAAAACUCAAAUGAAUUAGGUCUGAAAAGUGAAAACCAGUUUGUGUGACACUUUUCCCUGUUCUUCUUAGCAUUUUUUAACAUUAUUUAAGGCACUUUUUUCUCUUCGUCUUAGCAUUGGAGAUUUUGCAACUCCUGGACUGAAUACCAAACUGUUUAUAAUUGUAAUAAAACAUGCUUCAUUGUGUAAAACUCUAGUGUUGGAUUUUCUAACAUUAUUUAAGGCACUUUUUUGUUAUAAAAGGCACUUUCUACAUAUAUAUAGAAAGGGGCUGAUAUGUGUCAGGACGUGACAGCAACAAAGCUGUUUGCUCAUGAAGCACAGGUGAUGCAAGUUGGAGCAACACAACACUCCUUUUUAACAGAAUAUCUCGAGAGGCUUCAUCUCGAACAGCACCGAGAGUUCCUGACAGGUAAAAACCAAAAAGUGUCAGCUCCAGCAAAAACCUCCUUCUCAGCCUUUACUUCAGACAUUCAGCAAAUCUAUAUAUUAUCACAGCAACAGCCACAAGCUAAGGGAGCAAAAAAUCAUUGUAUUGAUUGCUCUCAAUAACCUGCCUUUCAGCAUGGGGGAAUAUUUGGGCUUUAGUAGACCGACUUGGUCUGGAGCUUCAUUACAUGACGCCUAUAGCUGGCAUCACUUACCUACCUGAAUCUUUCUCUUGGCUCUCGAUGAUGCUACUCAUGUUUGCCUCACCACCACAAAAUAUCUAGACAUCAGGUACAAGUUCAGUCCGUAUGGGUUAGGGCAGUAGUUCUCAACUGGUCUCACUCUGAGACCCACAUUUUCCCAUGGUCCAAGUCACGACCCACUUGUAUAGAAUUAAAACCAAGCAAAAAAAAAAAAAAAAACCUUUAAAGACUCAAAUCUUUAACACAAAUACACCCAAUUUAUUGAGUAAAGUGCAUUUUAGAGCACAUGAGGACGGCAACUACCGAAGUUGCAUAUACAGAAAAUAUCAAAUAUCAAAUAACUAUGAAAUUACACAAAAUAAGCUAUUCUUCAUAAUAAAAGACACGUCAAACAUCAGGUGAGAAUUAUAUAUUUUCUUUUUUGAACAGCUGUUUGUGACCCAUCCAGAACGUGUCCGCGACCCACUUUUGGGUCGGGACCCACCAGUUGAGAACCACUGGGUUAGGGUUUCAUCAAAUGUGAUUUACAGGAAUAUUUUUUUCAGGAGAGACCCAGUCCUUUACAGUGGUGUAAAUCUACCAGGAGCUUGUAAAUAAAAGCAUAUUAGAUAUCAUAUAUCUUUAUCAAAAACCAAUAACAUGUACCUUCAUAAACACACAGGAUCAUGUUUCUGUUCUCUUUAAAACAGCUACAAGAUUUUCUUUUAACAUUUAAAACUCUUCCUUUCUAAAUUCACCAUCUGAUGUUUGCUUCUUAAAAUUAUUCUGCACAGAUCUGACGUGAUCGUAAUUACCUGCAGGAUUUCACCGUGUAAAAAAAUGUAAAUCAUGAAUACUAAACAUAACUUCAGGUGUGAGUUUCGGGGCUGCAGCUUAAUGCAUCCAGCUGGUCCGUGUCUGAGCUACCUGCUGUCUGCUGCUUUUAAUGAACUGGCUGCUCGCCCUCUGCAAGCCACCACAUCUCAUUAGCACCAUGACUUCUCCACGCUGUGUGUCUGUGUGGGUUUUGACUGAGUGGGUGUUCGUACACACACCCUCACUAUUUUUGUUCUUAUCACUCCUUCUUCCUUUUUUUUUUGCUGUCUUCUGAUCUUUUCAAAGCCAUCAUCUUUUCAUUCCAGCUCCCUCUGACCUCUUUGUCUCCACAUCUGAUAGUUCUACAAACUCCAGGAGUCCUGGGAGUCGUUAUCCCUCCACAUCUGCCAGAAUUCUACCUUUCUUUGCCCUUUUUCUUAACACACUCCCCAUGUAAUUACCCUUCCUACACCUUUUUCUCUGUCCUUUCCUCCUCUUCUGCUCCUUUUUCUCCCCUCUGUUGCAGCACAGAUACACCAAACAUGCCUUCUCUUGAAUGAAACUCCUGACUCAGUGUUUUCUACCGCACCAAUUUUCACUCCCCCCUAACAUUUUGCACCUUUCCUGCAACCUUUCAUCUUCUCUCCUCUUCCUCCUCCUCUUCCCUCCCUCUAAAGCCCUGACCUCCUGCACUAAAACUUCUUCUGAAUCCGUACCUAUCGCUCAGCUCCUGUACCAAUCACUUGCUCCCUACUUCUAUAACUCUGUCCAACGGCACCUCCCCUUCUCCUCCCCCGUCUUUAGGCUUUCACACAAAAGACGUGACUACACAUCCAUGCAGCCCUUUAGGAAGAGAAACCUUACCCAUAAUGCUCAGAGUGGAAGAUUUGCAUGACAGGCGUUGGUGGUUUGUUUCACUGAAAGAGAGAGAGAGUUGUUGGGGAAAGUGUCGGUCUGAAUUAUUCAUAACUAGUCUAUAGGAUGAACUAAUGCACCACAAACACCUGUCCUCUGUUAUCUCUCCGGAGUGUGAUAUCUUUGUACGCUCAAAGUCAUCAUUUGAAGAUGUCCGGCUUUUUCCAGAGUCCCCCCCCUGCUUGUGUACUGCAGCGCAGCUUAACACAGGUCGACUUAAUCUUUACACAAGGCUCUGAAUUUUAAUGAAUACGAGAAUAUAAAAGUACAAAACUUCCACAGCUCCUUCAAGGAUUAAUGUGUGUGCCGCACUGCGGGCCAAGAAGAUUUUGGGAGCAUUAAAAAAAACAGAGUGAAGCAAGACACCUGGUCUGAGUGUGUGUUCAGUAGAUUGAACAUGAGGUUUUGGAUAUCCUCCCACAGCUUCGUGCUCAUUCUCUCUGUCUCGCUUUGUAUGACUGCAGGUUGAGGUUUUCUUGAUUCAGCGAUAAUUUGCAGUCCUGACUUGUUUGGGCAGUGAAUCAUCUUUAAUACUUGUACUUUUUUUCAAAGUCUUCGGGCAAGGAAACGCACACACAAAUACACACAGACACACUCUAUUGUGUUGCACAAUCUGAAUCUUUUGGAUAGGGGAAGAGGCUCAUCUGUCUGUGAGGAACUGGGUUAAUAUUUCACUUAUGUAGGAGGGAUGUUCCUCAGCAUAAAAUACAAUGAAUUUUGGUGAAUUUUCGGAAUAAAUUAUUGUUAAUAUCUGGAGAAAUCUCUGCACAAGAGACAAGACCCAAAACCAAUGUCUGUAAUCUUUGGACCCUCAGACAGCUCUGCAUCAAAACAGCCAUGACUCUGUAGUGGAAACCACAGCAUGGGCUUAAAAUCACUUCCUUAAGUACCAGAAACUUCUCUUGACAUUCAAGAUAGACUAAGACAGAGUGAAAAACUGUCCUGAGAUCAGAAAAAAAACAAGAAUGUAUGUUAACCCUGCAUCCUCUGCUAUUGAGGGACAACUGCAUGUUAUCAGCAUAGUGUAAAGUCCCACUCCAAUCUUUUUUUUUUUACUACUUAAAUUGUUCUCAGUGGUCUUUAAAUUGAUCACGUUACCAAGGUCAUUUUCAAGGACUCUUCUUCUGCAGAGCUCCAGUAGAUCAUUAGCGAUUCGCCUCUGACUGGUGGGCAAAGACAGCGCUGCUCUGCUCACUCAUCUUCACGUUAGCUUGUAGCCUAACAUUGCCGGUGUAUUAGAAAAGGCAGGUAACAAAGAAGCUAUUUGGUUCUUGGACACUAAUGUCUUUAGGGACACAAUGAAAGCUAAUCUCAUAUAGCGGGGUUCUGGGGAUGGAGCUUGAACUGGUUAUGUAUGAAUUCUUACUACUUCUGAACCUGCUUUUUGGGUCUGCCAGAGAUUCACAGCAAUUUGAAUGAAGAAAUACUCAGAAAAGCAAUUUCGCAUUUACUUUUUUCACAAUAUGUCCUGUAGCAUCAGAAAAAUGCCAUAUGAACAUAUACAAGAAAAACAUGAUUUUCAUCGGAGUGGGUCUUUAAAAGUCAGCAGCAAUGUUGAUACAGGGACGCAUAAGUUACCACAGAUUUUGGAGUACAUCCAUCCAAACAAUGCCAGUUGUUAGAGGAGACGUUGCAUAAUACAGCAAGAAGAUGCCAAACCACAUCCUGCAAAAAUGUCCUGCUGCUAAACUCAAUUUUUGUUUUGCAAUAUCUCAUCUUUUUUUUUAGUAACUAGAAUAACAUCCUGCUUCUUAGAAAGUACAUCACUGAAAAAAACAAGAAGUAUUUCUUUUGAUAAUAUUUUCAGUCAAUAAAUGAUAGCUUGCACCCGUACUUGUGUAUAAAUGAUGUUUAUUUACGAUGGAGUAGGUACUUAUGAUGAAGUAUUUCUGUGCAGGAAGAUUGCUGCUUUUAUUCGUCUAGGAUUAAAAAAUUUCAAAAACCACUUCAGCCAUGGAUGUUUUUUUUCAUUCUCUGCUUGAAUCCUCAUCUGAGUUGAGUGAAGGACACUGUGUUUUAAUUAUACAGGAUUUAAGUGCUCAUGCAGAGGCCGUAAAAUGUUAGUAAAAAAGAAAACACUGCAGUCAAGCUCUGUACCUCUUUUUAUUUAUCUAUCUAUUAAAUCAUGUAAGACCUGCCACUCUAACCAACGGCUAGCCAAAUAUGCCUGAGGCUCUCAAACACCAGUAUCACAUCUGUGUUAAUAUCCAAGUGCACUGGUAUUCACAACCAGUACUGCUGCUGUAUAAGUAAAAGCCUCAUCCAUGUUCAGGUGAGGGAAAAGAUACACCCAGAGCUGACAAGCUAGUUUAUUUGUAAUCAUGUGAAAAUAAGCAGGCUGCAAUUUCCAAACAAUUUCUGAGUAACAAACUGCAUUUUUUCAAUUUGAAAUCCAUAAUGAUGGAGGCAAGGAACUGCAUGAAGAACUCGAUAUUUGUCCACAGAAACAAAUCCACAGCAGAUAGACUGAACACUGUGAUUUACCGCUGCAUCACUUCUGUCGCCUUCUUAUUCGAUAAAUUACUGUGAAGCCACCAGGUGAAUUUCCACCUUAUUUGCAAACGUUUGCUGACUUUCUUUUACUGCAUUUCAGUUCAAUCCUACGACAUCUAGAAUCUUACAAAACCGUGUGAAAUAAUGAACUCUUAGCAUUCAGGGAAAUGAUCUGAGUGAAUAAUGUGUGAACAUGGCCCACUCAAUCAGUCUUUUCAUUUUGGGAUGUUGUUUAUGAAAAAGGUAGACAGGCUACAUAAACAUAAGAGUGUGUAUAUUCAUAGUUUGGUUGCACUUGAAAGCAAAUCUAUUUGAUGGAGCUGCUCAGGAGCAAUUGAAGGUAUUUAAAGUUUCAGACACUUUGCAGAUGUAGCUUAAUUUUCAAGUACAUGCACAAACACAAACAAGCUAAAGUUUCAAUCACACAGGACAAGAGUGAAAUAAGAAAUGAAGAAAUGACGUGUUUUCUCUGCUUUCCCCCUCACAGAAGUCCUUCUCUCUGGUGUUGGAAGCUCUGGAUUACGACAAUGACACAACGGACCCAGGUGAGGCUGCUGUAAAUGUGUUUGUAUUUUGUCUUUUCUUCAUAUUCAUCUAGAAACCUGAAGAGCACAAGGCUGGAAGAAGUUAUGAAGCGCUUUUGUUUUGCUGUGUGAAGUUAACCUGAGCCGCUGAAGUUAAAGUUAUUCUAAAAAUCUAAAUACAUAAAGCAAAAGAAGAGGUUUGUUUUCACCACAGUUGAGCCGUUUCCUGGAAUUUGUUGUAUUUUGGUAUUAAGCGUUUUUAUGGCAUCACAUUUCCAUGGUUAAGCAGAUGUCAAAAUGCAAGAUUCUUGUCUCUACUUAUCUUUAACCAAAUAUGCUGAGGCUGUGUUGUGGCAUUAAACUCUGACCCAUUGUCUCUCCAAGAAAAACACAUCCAUCAUAUCUAACUUUAAGUCAGGUUUUCAGCGAGCAACAUCGGCCUAAAGGCAGACAGCUCGCGCUUGUUUACGACUUCAACAAUGUGAAACAAUGUGGAAAUAUCCCUUGUGUCUUCAUUUCAAGGCCAGGAGGUCUUUUAUCCAGACCCUUUAAUUUCCUGCUCGUCUCCUUUAUGUUUCUCUUCAUAAUCAGGAAAAGCUCCGUGACAGAGAAUCUGAGCUGCAUGCUAUAAAAAGCACGACAAACACACACACACACACACACACACACACGCACGCAGAGGAGACAGAUGUUCUUGUGCCUUCCUCAUUCCUGUCAUACCACAGUCUUCCCUUUCAUCCCACCAUCCACAGUCAUAUCCAAAAGAUGGCCGAGAUAAUGAGAAACUUGGAGAUGCACCAGAACUGUGUCUCCUUCACCGUGUUCUUGUCCCCUGUCCUCCUUCAUCCCUCCUUCCCUCUGCCCUCCAGCGCUGCUCUUACAUCUUGUUUGCAUUAUCUGUCAUUUCCACCUGAGCCUCUGACAGCCCUUACAUUGGGUCUAAAGCCAUUCAGCUUAGCUCAACCCAAACACAGGCGUCCUGCAGCAGUCUGAAUAGACUUAUCAGGCCCUGCUGCUAAUCAGGAGGGAUUACCGAGUCCAAACGUACUUUCUGCAACAGUCCUUGAAAACAGAGGAAAUAUGAUGUCCUUUGAGCGCCGACAGUAUGACAUUCACUGAGUUUUGAUUGAAUUAAACGUGGCAUAUAUUAACUUGCAGAACCAUACCUUUGUCUAUUCAAGACCAAUGCCAUGUUUAUUAAAACUGUGGUUUCCCAGUUUUGCAAGGACUAAUGGACAUUUUGUCCUACAAUUUGAUGUCCCUGAUAUGCAGUAUGGUAAACAGGCCUAUGCAAAGUUAUUGAAACUGCUAAUUUAUGCAUAUCAGACAAGCAAACAAGGUUAUCCAUCAUGUCAAGGACUUCAGUUUGCAGUUUUUCAAACAUUUGCCUUUUCUGGGGUUCAGUAUGAGCACUGUUUAGUUUAGUUUAGAUCCCAAACUUCUUUUUUUUAUGCUGCCCUGCACUUGUGACUUAAACAGCCUCAGGAUUACAUGACAAAACUGCACAGACACAACAAUACAACAAACAUCCAUGCCAACCCCUAACACCUUAAAUCAUUUUAUUACCUCCCAUCAAUGGGAGAGUUAUCAAUCAUGUCUAAGGAAAACAAACACUGAUGUUCAAGCCACCUAUUUAGCUUCAUCUGUUCAUUAGUUUAACCACAUAUGGCAUUAAAGUUACUUGAAACAUUUCAGAAAGCAUACCUGUUCACGUAAUUAAACAUCUAUGUGAAUAAAGUAGUAUUUGCAAAAGUAAAGGUUUCCAGAGGUCUUUACUUUUACCUAUUUCCACUUAAUCCUCCUCCUGUGUUAGGGUCUGUACCGACCUGUUUUUGUGUUUAAAGGCUUAAAAGAUCGACAUAAAUUAGGUUUUCUGCACUUUUUGACUUUGUCAGGAAUCUCUAUUUCAACAAAAUAAAAAAAUUAAAUUGACUAAAUUAUAAAAUGCUCUAAUUAAAAUUAUGGCACUUGUUGAGUUAGGGUCGCUGCUGAUGCGGUUAGGUCAAUAUCUAAUAAUUAGAGCAAAAACUAAAAAAAGUGCACCGUCAGGCACCACACUGACAGCCAGAUCCUCUUCCAAUCAUGUGAGAUUUAGGAAAUUCUCAUUUUGUCAUGUUUUUCCCUGCACAAAAAACAACGUCGGUCAUGUCCAGACAUGUGAGAUCAAUUCAGUUUAGAUGUCUGUGUGAGGGGUAUGUUGACAAAGAAAGACCCAGAGGCCCACAACAAAAGAUAUUAUAAACAAUAUUUUCAUGGAUAAUAAAGCCUAACAAGUUAACCUGGGGAUGAGAACCAAAUUUGGAUGAUAGAGAAUUGUUUUAGGUUAAUUUACAGCUGAUUUAAGACACCGGUCAAAACCGACCCUUUACAUAGUGGGUGCACAGUAAAAGCUAACACAGAAGGAAGGGUAUGUGCUUAAUUUGUGUUUGUUAAUCUUCAUAAGUGUGUUGCGUAUAUUCUCCUGCACAUGAAAGACUUGCAAAGAAUAUUUCUGAAUGAUUUUUAAGGAAAACUCCUCUACCAUGCACAAUAAUACAAAUGCAUGCCAGUGGGCUCACAAUAUUCAACAAAGAGUGCGCCCACUCAUAAAAGUUGCACAUUUAGUGGCGUAAAACACCACACAGGGUAUUUUAACUGUACCAGAUCAGUACUGUAAUAAACCAAAAUUAUGUUAAAUUGCAGCGGUUUUAUUCUGUCAAUGCCUCUUUUCUUGUUCUCGUAUUUAUGGGGUCAUUUUGGGGGCAGAUUUGCUGCUGUGUUCAGUCACAUUUAAAUCGUAUUGACAAAGAACUCGCGGCCACAAAAUUGCCACCGCUGUUGGAAAGAAAGAGAAAUUCAACAGAAGAAGUGUUUUAAUCUAGACUGGCUUGUCUAUAAAGUUCAGCUCUAAAGUCUAGACAUUGUGCCUUCAUUCAGACGGGUUAAAUUACAUGGGGACACCCUCUAGGAGAGCUACAAUUGGACUAGAUUUCUCCAAAACUUUCCCUUACGCUAAAGUGCACGGGAGGUAAAACAGUCUCCAGCUGCUCCCUUGGUUUUCAUUGGUCUGCUGUAUCGAUUCGCCUGUUCAGGUGACUCUGGAAUAAAAAAUCAAAAAGGAGGCGCCCUCUUUCCUGCUGUGUUUUCUCAGCCAUUGCUGAGGAUGAGCACUUCACAUUCGAACACAUCAGUAGGGGACAAUCACCAGAGGCCAAAGAGAAAGAUUUAAGUGUUUGCUCCCCGCAGAAACAGCCCAUGUGUGGCUGCUGCUUAGCCUCUGUUUGCUUCUCUUCAAGACACGGCUCUGGAUUUCUCGUUGCCUCUGUCAUCUGAUAUUCUCCAUCCCCCUCUCUUCACUCUCUCUUACUCACUUGUUAUCGUGCCAUCUCAUCUAAUCACAUCACAGAGGAAAUCAAACUCUGUUAUACACCUUCCCCGCUGCGCUGCCUGCUAAUCCAGUUAUUUUUCUCCACUUACUUCACGACUGCUGCUCUUUUCAUCUUUUCAGGAAUGGUGAUGAUGAAAUUAGCCCUCUGACAUGGCAGAGUCAUAAAAUAAUGAAAAACCCACAAUGCACUGCAGAGGCCUGAUGUGUAUUUGGAAAACUGGGCCUUCAGAUUUGACUACAGGUGUAGGACAUGCGGUGCAGGCACUGUCACCCAGCGUCCAGUCUGCUCCUGCCAUGCUUUUAUUAUACACACUCACACUGAUAGAGGCACACAAAUACACACACUCAUACACAAACACACACUUGCCUAUAUGUGCCCCUGUUUUCAUUCCUUUGUGUAAAACAGUGAUCUCAUCUCUCCAUCAGUAUAUAUGUGUGUGUGCUCACUAAUAGCUGCCUCCCUUCCUCUUUGGUUCUGUUUGCCUGUGUCACACACACACACACACACACACACACACACACACACACACACACACACACACACACACACACACACACACACACACACACACACACACUCUACGACCUCCCUCGGUCCCAUGCUGACAUACCACCAACAAGACUUCCUUCACCAGGCAACUAUCUAGCAAUCUUUUCCUUUAUCCUCACCACCAUCACAUACAUUGGGACACACACAUAUUCUGACGCAUACACACACAUAUCCUCGGUCUUUUGUGUGUGUUAAUACCCUGUCAGAGGAGAUUAUGAGUGAGUUGGAGCUGACAGCGCCUCUGGGAAAUCCCCUCCGGGGGUCAGGAGCAGCAGCCGCUGCCCUCAGGCCUUGUCUGGUCCUCUCUGGUGUUCAUGCUGCCCUCUCUCUCUCUUCUCUUCAGACCCCAGACUGUUUUUUUCUGGUCUGUCCUUGUCUCAUCAGAGCUCAUAGUGAAAUUGUUUCAUGUUCACUCUCUGUUUCCUCGCUUUUUGGUCAAGUGGUUUGAUGUUGAAGGAUGCACUUAAGAAAUUGUGGGCUGAUUUAAGGAUGAGAGUGAGAGAGUUCCCCACUGAGCCAGACCCAAACACUUAUUCAUGUGUGAGUGUAAAUCAAUGCUUUUUAUACCACCCAAUCAAGUUUGAUUGUCUCGUGAUCUGAGUUUUGCCCAUAUUUCUGGAACAUAUUGAUGGCACACAGAGAAGUUUCUUUGAAAUUUCUGCUUUAAAAGACCUGCAUGUGGCAACAGGAGCUUGGUUUUGAAUCUGCAGGGGUAACACACUUCAAAACUCUCUGUGCAGAUUUAACAUGUUCCUCUUGAUUUUUAGAUUUUAUGGGCUCUUGUUUUGCACUUCAUGCUGUGGCUUGACGAUCUCUUAAGUGUAUUUUCCAGCAUCAGAGGGCUUCAAAACCCAGUCUCACAAAGCUCCCACAACAAUGAACAUUUGGUAGGGACAAAGUAAUUAUGAGUCACUUUUUAACAGCUAGAUAGAUGUAUCCCUCAAAUGUAGUAUAGGAAAGAGUAAGAUAGGAUAGGAUAGGGUGGGAUAGAAAAGUAUAUACAGUGUAGCAUUGUACAGUAUAGCAAAGUUUUUUAAAGUAUAGUAUAGUAUAGUAAAGUAUAGUACUGUGUAGUUUGGUAUAGUGUAGUAUAGUAUAGUAUAGUAGAGUAGAGUAGAGUUUGGUUUGGUAUAGUAUAGUAUAGUAUAGUAUAGUAGAGUAGAGUAGAGUUUGGUUUGGUAUAGUAUAGUAUAGUAUAGUAUAGUAUAGUAUAGUAUAGUAUAGUAUAGUAUAGAAUAGUGUAGUAGAGCAGAGUAGAGUAUAGUAUAGUAUAGUACAGUACAGUGUAGUUUGGUAUAGUAUAGUAUAGUAUAGUAUAGUAUAGUACAGUACAGUGUAGUUUGAUAUAGUAUAGUAUAGUAGAGUAGAGUAGAGCAGAGCAGAGUAUAGUAUAGUAUAGUAUAGUAUAGUAUAGUAUAGCAAAUUUUGGUAUAGUAUAGUACAAUAUACUAUAGUGUAGUAUGGUAUAGUAUAGUACAGUGUAGUUUGGUAUCGUAUAGUAUAGUAUAGUAAAGUAUAAUAAAGAAGAGUAUAGUAUAGUAUAAUAUACUACAGUGUAGUAUGGUAUAGUAUAGUAUGAUAUACUAUAGUGUGGUAUAGUAUAGUAUAGUAUAGAAUAGAAUAGAAUAGAAUAGAAUAGUAGAGUAGAGCAGAAUAGAGCAGAGUAUAGUAUAGUAUAGUAUAGCAUAAUUUGGGAUAGUAUAAUAUAGUAUGUAUAGUAUAGUAUAGUAUAGUGUAGUGUGGUAUAGUUUAGUAUGAUAUACUAUAGUGUGGUAUAGUAUAGUAUAGUAUAGUAUAGUAUAGUACAGUAUACUAUAGUAUACUAUAGUAUAGUAUAUAUAUAGUAUAGAUUCUCAGAGUAUAUUCUCAUCUAUUUGACUUGAAUUUGCAGAAUAAUUGGUUCUGACUCUUAAAUUGUCAGUGAUGUGUCUGUUUGUGUUCAUUUUAAUUCUCUCCCACAAGCUUCCUUUUAAUCCUUUAUAUUAAUUAAAAGGUGUUUUUUUUUUCACUAUCCCCCCUCAGGUCAGCUGAUAGAGCGAGUCCUCCUCUCCGCCAUGCUGAACUCUGGUGAGCAGUGGCAGACGCGCCGCUCCCACGGACGCACUCUGAGCUUGGAGUAUCGGCUUCGUUUCCGCUGUGACUCAAACUACUAUGGCCCUCAUUGCAACAAGUUCUGCAGGGCCCGUGAUGACUUCUUCGGCCACUUCAACUGUGACCCUAAUGGUUCCAAAGUCUGCAUGGAGGGCUGGACAGGACCAGAGUGCAAGGAAGGUGAGAGUUACAAACAAUGUAACAACAAGUUUGUGCAAUUUACUCAAUGAACUUUAAAGCAUGAAAAUCCAUCUGGAGGCUUCUCUGUGCCUCAUUUAUCCACCUGCUUAGCUUCUCAGUUAUAAUAAUCUGAUUUAUUUUUAAAAAAAAGUUUAUUUCAGAAUAUAUUUUCACCAAAAGUUCAUGAGAAGUUGAGGAUGGUGUUUCAUUUGGUUUAAUUCUCUGUCAUUCCUGUGUGGGGUUUUAUAAGUUUUCCAUGAAACUUUUCUUAUUUUCUAUCAUGAGCACUUUUGAAAACUGAUACUAUAACAAAGAAUAGUUAAAUAAACAUAACCCACACACAAGUGUCAUUGUUGAAGUCAUGAAAAGACUUCUUCACCUUUUGAAAUCCAGCCUCACAAAUGUCCUCACUCAUGGAAACAAAAAUAGACAGAAACAAACAUUUACUCAUUGCACUGACACACUCUUGUUCGUCAGGAUAUACAAUUAGUUUCAGUAGAAAAUGUGUGUGCGUAAUGGGGGGGAUUAUCCCCUGUCUGUCUGUGACUCAUCAGCUGGAUGACCUCACAGUGCGACCUCGGAGCGUUGCCGUGGUGCUGCAGUGGUAAAAGUGAACGGAGGAAACCAGACUGGAAACCAUGGGAACCCUGAAGGACACAUGCAUUGCUAGUUAACGGACAUCCUCAUUUCAUCUGACUUCCUCCUCAGCAGGUCGUUGAUUGGACCGCGGAGAAGCAGGAAGUUAGAAAAAUUAACCAGGGGUCCCUCUGUUCCCCUCCUGCAGGUUUAUGACAAUGAUGAAGUUCAGGGACUUCUCAGUAAUGGGUUCUCCAACUGGAUAAUUUGGAAAGAUAAUUACCCAAGAAAUAACCGCUUAAUGAAAUAUGGGCUGAAUAUUUCAGCCAAAGUGAGAGGACACUGACAUUUUUCAGCUUUUGUCUAGAUGAUACUAACUUUGCACAGUUUAAUCUGUGUUAUAUAUAUCUGUAAACACAUUGGGGUCAUUACAAAUUAAUUGUUUUUAAUUAGGCAAUGCAGAUACAGUACAAAUUUAUAACACGUCUCUUUGUGUGUCUUUUUUUUCUGUCUUCAUAGCGAUGUGCAAGCAGGGGUGCCAUCAGGUCCAUGGUUCUUGUUCUGUACCUGGGGAAUGCAAGUAAGUAAGAAUCACUCAUAAUGAGAUUAUUCCAGAAUUAAGGAGAGCACUACAGUGUGGAAAAGAAGAAAUAUUGAUAUGUUUUUGAGUUUAUGAGUUUAGAAACUCAGGGGUCUAAUAUCCUGCAGUGUCUUUUGGGGUUUACUGUACAGAGGUGCUAUUUCCUGCAGAGCAAUUAAAGGUAAAUGCUGCACAGCCUGUGAGAUAUUAUCUAUUUGUCUGCACAUUUCCACUCUAGCUCUGCCAUAAAGGAGAAUAACUGAAGGAAAGUUAAAACUAGAGCAAAAUAAAGGCAAACAAACAUCAGACGAGAAACUCCUUCAGCAGGACAGAUGUGACUCAGUGGUAGAGUGGGUCGUCUCUCAAUCAGACGGGUCAUGGUUUGAUCACAGCUCCCUCUGUCACAUGCUGAAGUGUCCCUCAGCAAGACACUGAACCUAAAAUUGCCCCUGUUGGCAGAGUUAGCGUUGUGUGAAUACUUAUGAGCAGGAGAGGUAGUCCUGGUGGUCCCCUUAUAGCAGCGUCUUCCAUCUGUGUAUAGAUGUGGAGUGAAAUGGUGAAUCUGACAAGUAGCGGAAAGAAUUGAUCAAAUCUAUAAAGCAGGAACAAUAGUUUAUCCAUGAAGCAAAUCCUCCAAACAUGUCCGGUUUCUUGCAAAUGUCUCCUCACUGUGGUUUUAUCUCCAGGUGUCAGUACGGGUGGACGGGCCCUUUGUGUGACCAGUGUCUGACGUUCCCCGGCUGUGUGUACGGGAGCUGCACGGAGCCCUGGCAGUGUGUGUGCGACGUCAACUGGGGAGGACUGCUGUGCGACAAAGGUCAGAUAACGUGAAGUAAAACUUUGAUGUGCUUUCAUGACGGUGGUUGUUGAUCCAUUUCUCUUUCCAACACAACAGAAACCUCAGCGUACAAUAAACCAUAUCAUUAUUGAAAUUCUGUACUCUAAGUUUCUUUAUACUUUAAUUUCUCUUUGUAUGUCUGAAUGCUACUGUAAAUUUGGAUUUUCCCCCUGUGGGACUAAAAAAGGAACAUCUUAUCUUAUCUUCCAAACAUCAUUGAAUUGUUGUGUGAAUUAAGACAAUCAUAUUCACAGUUUCCCAUUCUGACCAACAUUAUUUCAUAUGAUGCAUAGCUUUAUUGUACCAGAUGAGAAACACACAUUACUUCUUUGAUUGUUACAGACGAAACUUAUCGAUAUUCUUCUCUCAUGGCCUGUCAGUUUGUCAGAUAUGUUCUCUUUACUGUCAAUUUCAAAGCAUGAGAAACAUAAUGAAAGCUUUGUCAUGUAUUGGGUCUGUUUGUAUGUGAGAGAGAAAGACAGAGGGAGAAACAUUGUUUGCUCAGUAUAUUUGUUCAUCAGCCGUUGCUCCUCACACACCUUCCCAGGCUUUAUCUGCUCAUCUCUCACAAUGAGAUAAGUCGCAGCUCCCUUGGGGCUUUGUUUUCUUUAACUUCUCCCACCACACUGUAGAAAGUCCCUUGACAUUAUCCCUGGAUACAAACCACCCCAUCUCCCACCUCUAUCCCACUCUGGGAUCUGGGAGCCGAACUAGAGCCCAUGGGACCCUGCAUUGUGCAGCGGAAAGGUGAUAGCCUUGGGUAAGGUGAAUGUGAGCCGUGUCAGGCUGGAUGUUCUCAGCUAGGUGGGGUCUUUAGCUGUUUCCAUGUAGUCUGUAAAAAGGAGUAGAGAGACAAAGCAACUGUGAGAAUGUAGGAGAUCAUUAGAGGAAGCAGGGCUUUAAUCAGCCUAAACACUGGAGACAACAUGGCCUGCAGCUUCUGGGCAGCAAAGUCAGCACACUAAGCCAACGCGGAUACACUCCGGCCUCUGCGCUGUCAGUGUGUGUGUGUAUUUGUUCAUAAAUGCUCCUUAAAGUUAAACUCGACCUGUCUCUAUCUUUUAUUCCUCUUCUCUUCACAUGGUUUCCACACUGUUUUGUCUUUAAAACUAGAAAAUAAAGCAUGCUUGAACUUUUUUAUGUCUGCAGAUCUCAACUAUUGUGGCACCCAUCAGCCCUGCAAGAACGGGGGGACCUGCGCCAACAAAGAGCCAAACGAGUACCAGUGUGACUGCCAGGAGGGUUUUAAAGGACGUGACUGUGACAUUGGUAAGUGCUCACCUACCAGGUCCUGAUCCAUCGAAAAAUGAUAAUAAUAAUGCAUCAGAUUUCAUAUAGCGCUUUACCAGAGACCCUCAAAGUGCUUUACAUUGGAUACAUAAUUCAUUUGUUCACACAGUCGCAUGAAAUAGAGGAAGCAAAAUUAGUCUGAACACAAACACCACCAGCAGCAAUCAGUGUUCUGCCUCGCCCUCCAUCUCCGCCCUCAGUCACACCUUGGUGGUGGUAAACUACCUUAGUAGUCACAGCUGCACUGGGGCAGAUUGAUGGAAACGUGGCUACCAGUUUGUGCCAACAGCCUCUCCGACCGCCACAACACUCACAAUCACACACCAGUGGAGGACACACACUGGGAGCAAGGGGGGUUAAGUGUCUUACCCAAGGACACAAUGGACAGACUCGGGAUAGGGGAAAUCAAACCGUCAACCUUUCAGUUAUUGGACGACUGCGCUACCUCCUGAGCUACUACUGUAACCUAGAUCAAACUCUCUGUGACAAUAUUUCCUCUGUAACUUCCUAAAACAUUCAUACUUUAAACCUUUUGAACAUUUUCAGAGUGAUUUUUGCAUUAUUUCACACUUCCAUCCUCUUCUUGUGUUUUUCUUCUUCCAUCAGUGGAACACGCAUGUUUGUCAUCCCCAUGUAUGAACGAAGCUGUGUGUGUGGAAGAUUCAUCCAGCUUCAGCUGCAUCUGCCCCGACGGCUGGACAGGACACACCUGUGCUGAAGGUGAUUGCUUUACUCCCCCAGCCCACAUACACACACACAGACACACACUUAGUGCCCACACAAGACUUUGAUCCGAGGGGCCGGACAGUGUGAGAUUGUCUGUGAUUGGUUGUUAUUGGAUCAAAGCCAGUGAGUGACUCUAAUCAAUGAAACAGAGGAAGCAAAAUUAGUCCGAGCACAAACACCAUCAGCAGCAAUCAGCGCUCUGCCUCGCCCUCCGUCUGGUGUUAUUGUUUACAUGGAUUUACAUGACCUGAAGAAAGGUGGAAUAUCUUUAAUUAGUCUUGAUUUAAUUUAGAAAGCCACAACUGCUAAUUUAGUCUCAGUCUCAGUCUGGAUUGAGUAAAAAGGGUUUAGUUAAAAUAUGUCAGUAGUGACAGUUGAUUGCUGAGUAAACAAGGAAAAUUCCACUACUUACCUUCUAAUGAAAUGAAAUUAAUCAGUAUUUUUUUCUGCCUCAGCUGCUUCUCUCUCUCUCUCUGUGUUCACAGAAAAACUCAAAGUUGUUUUUGUUUCACUGAUAAAUAUGGUGUUAUCAGAUUGUUUGCUCUGCGGGUAAACUGAGACCAAAAAACAUUAAAUACUUAACUGUUUACCGCCAUACUGACUCUUGGCUUCUGCCCUUGUUAACUGCAGUUUCGUGUAUCAGUCGAUGAAUGUUUGUCCUUGAAAAUAUGCAGCUCUCGUUUAUUUCUAAGACAAAACUUUACAUGAUACACAGCAGUUACAUUAUCUGCUCUAAAAGGAAGUAAUGCAGAUGAUAUGGUGGUGACUGUAAGUCUGAUUCUGACUUUAAAGUGUUGUAGACAGUUUACUCACUGUAAGCUUACAUAUUAACAAUGCAGAGUCUUAAUUUUGGAAUGAAAUUAUUAAAAUAAAAAUUAAUUCAUGCAUUAACUUGAGCACACGUUAUUUAGAUAAAUGCUGCAGUGUCACUCCAGUGUGAUCUGAAAUCAUGGCAACUUCAAAGUGUGUCCCACUCAGAAAUAGGGCUGCUGGCUUUUAUGAAGUCUGAUUUGCUGCCCCUGUGUGCUCAGACUAAGAGCACCUAAGAGAUAUUUUGAUCAUGUUUCACAAAAAGUGCUUAUGUCUUUGGACUUGUCAGUUAAACUGUCUCGAGUUUUGUGCCAUUUUAAAAGCACCCUUGAGUCUUUAUUUUUCAUCACCAUGGCAGCAGGAAGCAGGUGUACACUGCUGCUCCUUAACUAAUCAAUGGGUAAAUAAUUAUUCACAGGUAUGUAAAACUGGCGAGUGUCCUAAGAAUACUAAUUGUCCUUUACAUAUGUAUGAUUACAGAAGUAUAUGAUAUUAUAUGAAUAUAUAUUUGCUAAGUUAUAGGUUUCUGUAUAUGGGGGCGAUGUGUAAAUGUUUAUAUAUUUAAAUCCAUAUUUGUGUCUCAUUAUAAUAAAAUAAUUCAGCAAUAAUCACUGAAAAUUGAAGGUCUUUGAGAAAGAAUGAUUAACAUAUUUGUAGGUUUAUAAAAGGGGAUGCUAACAAGAUACGUACUGAAGUUAAACUGAUUGAAUCUGAAGCAGAAAAGCAGAGAUAUCCCAACUGUUUACUGCAGGUCUGAGCUGAGGUCAAGAACACUUCCUGGCAUAACUCCCAUGAUCCCACUUGUCUAACCUGAGCAGCCUCUGAUGACUUGAACUGAGCAUUUUCACACUUCAAUCACUAGCUCACUUUUUUACAGCACACUACCAAGCACAAGCAGUGAGAAGGUUUUUUUUUUUUUCAAACAGGAUUCACACAUUUUCAGGCAGUUUAAUGUCAAUGAAACCCCCAGUGCAAACACUAUAUAAUAGUGCAAUACUGCAACAUUCACACCUUAUAUGAUGUUUGCCUCCCACGAGUCGAAGCGUGGACAAAGGUCAAACCUGUUGUUGGCUCUGAUGUAACAACUGAGCCGUCACAACAGUCCGUCUUUGGCUUGAUCAUCAUGUAGACUGCGUGCGUGCGAGUGUGUGUGUGUGUGUGUGUGAAACUUGUGUAUACAGAAGCUUGUGACAGCUGUGAAUGUGUGUGAGAUUGGAUCACGCAGGUUACGCUCCGUCAGAGCUGCGUAUGUAAACAAGCUCCGUUCCACAUCCCCUGCUUUCACCUCCAUCAGGAUAAAGUGCAGGCUUGGACAUCAACACAAACAAUAAGAAGCAUCUCUGUGAAAGAGAGAGAGAGAGAGAGAGGGUGUGUAAGAAGAGAGUAACAAACAGAGGAAUAAAGGAAGAGUUUAUUUUUGCUCUUGUUAUUUGUCCCUGUCAUGAUUAACAGUCUGGGAGGCUGUCUAUCUCUGUCCCUGUGUGUGUUGUGGGGGGGCUCUCUUGGGAAUACACAGUGAGAGGAUUGUCAGGCUUGCAGGGAAUGACAACCAAACCACAACAGAGCUCUGCUUUGAGAGUAGAUUUAUAUAUAUAACCAAUAUUAAUUAAAGGCUUUAUGUUUGUUAUGAAUUCUCCGUCUAGUUUUGGCAGCGUGUUAUUGCUCAGGGUUGGAGUCGGGGUCGGGAGGAUGGAAAAUGGUUAUGUGCAGGGUUAGGUAAAUGAUAAAGGUUAUGAGAGAGACAGAGUGAUGAGAAAACAGGAGAAGUAUGAUGCUACAUGAAGUUAUGCAUGGUUAACCCCUGAAAUGAGGGCUUUUUUCGAUUGUUGGCAGGCUUUUUUCUCACAUUCACUCUCAGUCUUUAUCUGUUUUUAAUUCCUUUUCAGAGGAGUGGAACCAGGCGUGGCUGCUCCAUUUUCCCAUUCUAUUUCUCUCCUAUUUCCCCCCAUUAUUGUUGACUUUAUUUAAAUUCCCUGGUCUCUCCCUCCUCUCAGGGAAAGGUUUGAGGUGUCACCCGUGCGUGUGCAGCAGAUGAUCAUAUUUAUCACUGUUUGCACAGAAACCGGAGCAGCAGAAAAGAGAGUAAAAACACGCUGCUGUCAAAGCAUCCGCAUACCAAUGCUUUAGUCCAGAUCACACAUGUCCACAUGGUGGCAUCGCACACAUACACACUCACAGACACACUAAUUGUCUCUUUGAUAUUCACACACACACUCCGAUUACACAGAUCAGUAGUUCACAUGUGAUGUUUUCUGUCUUCUCUCCCCAGCGGUGAGGCAGUGUGAGCGAAGCCCGUGUGGACGUGGAGCGACGUGUGAAGACACUCCUGGAGGAUAUCGCUGCAUCUGCCCGCCAGGAUGGACAGGCCGCACAUGUCAGCUGGGUCAGUGGGUCAGAAUUAAAUAUGUUCUAUGUAUGCAAAUAUACACACAGGCGGCCUCUGCCCCUGAAUAAUAAAACCUUAAUAAGCUUGAGGUAUGCUUCAAUAUGUGAUCAAACACCACUGGAGUAGGCUGCACUCUCAUGCCGACUGCUCAGUAAUUCUGGUACAACCAAUGUGGCAUUUAACGACUCUGAGCCAAGACCUCCUUUUCCAUGUGACUGACUUAAAUGGUAUCUUUUUUUUGGCUCAUUACAUGCCUCAGAGUAGGGCCCGAUGAUUUGUUUCAGUAAGUGCUCAGUCCACUGUGCAUUAGGCAGCGGUUUCACUCUAACGUCAUUUCGUAGUAUGAGUUUCAAAAAGAACCUGUGUCCUCUUAAUGUAUAAUAUAUGGGGUUUAAAUCUAGUAAAAUAACAAAAUCAUUGUAUGAGUUCAGUUUCUGCAUUUGUUUGGAGAAAUUAAAGCUACUGUAAGAGUUUUAACUGGUCAUAAAACACACACUGGUGUUUGUAGUGGUACCUGUUCAUCACCUACAAAAACAAAAAGAUCAUUAGCAAGGAGUCUGACAGUUUCUAUGUGUAAAUCUGAACGUAAGGAGGUUGGUGGCAGGUUGAAAACUAACUAAAAACAGCCUGUUUUCACUGUUAACAGCAGCAGAUAUCUAUAGUAUGAUAAAUCUGACUGCUAAAGGAGGGUAAGAUUAUAUUUUCAUCAGAUAAAACAACGCAGUUUACGGGAUAAAAAAGAAAAAGAUUUGACUUUGUCCACAGGGGGGCGCCAAAAUUGACGCAAACAAGAAAUUCUUCACAAGAUCUUUAAGUUACACAAGCUUUAUUUUAUAGAUUUUAACCAAUUUCCAAGACUAUUUAGACUCUUAAAUUUCCAUGUUGGCUCCAUAACUGAGGUUUAAAGUUCAACCUUACCCUGUCAUAAACUUGAACAAACUUACUUUCUGACUAAAGUUUGCUUAAAGCAAAACACAACAGCACUUUUCAGUGUUAAAGGUGGAGGGGUAAGACAAUUAGUAAGAUGAUUCGCUUAAUGGGAGGAUGCAAAGUAAGAGGAGGGCAAUCGAUUUUAGUUUAAUGAAACAUUUUGGAGAAACAAGGACAAUUAAGGCGACAAAAGAGGGUCCCAUGCAGUUCAAAUUAGUGAACGCUUCAUCAGACAGCAAAGCUUCAUCAAGGGGAAAACUACUUCAUUAACUCAGAGUGAUAAUGCUCAGAAAAUGUGACCAGGUUUGCACAGAUGUGAGGCGAAAUUUUCAGCAAGCCUCUCAACUUGGUACUAAAAAUGCUAGGUGUCUGUUAGCUGGCAAAAGACAUAAAAUUCAUUCUUAAACGAGUCUAUUUAUGUAAUUUUUACACUGAUGUUCUGACAACCUAAAUCAUCCUGAGCUUUUCAAAUGCAGAAUUUCAACAUGCAACAUGUGGAAAAAGAAUAUGCAUCCAAAAGAAGAAAAAAAAGAAAAAUGUUGCAUGUUAAUUCCCCUAUAAGACCCCAUAUUGACUGAGAAUCAGUAUUCUCUAAAUGCACUGUCACGUCCCUUUGGGCUGCAGCCACUUGUAUUGAUGAGUGAACUACCAGAGGGGUCUUAUGUUAGAUACAACAGCAGAGUGGAAAAUAUAUACGUUCAGGUCACACACACACACAGAAGACAUACUAUAUGCACAUACAGAGGCGGCUCGAGGGGUUAUGAUGUAGAAACGUAGACAUAUUUCAGGAUGACAGCUUCCCCUGCUCCUCUGUGUUACAGCGAUAUGUCACUUUGACACUUGAUAAUCCCCCAUAGUUCCACAUCACAGGUCAGUACCUCACAGUGUCUCUCUCACACACACACACACACACACACACUACCACACAUUUGGUGUUCAAACACAGGAGAUAAAGCUCUUUAUGGCCUCAGCCGAGAGGCAGAGCAUCCGUGCCUUAAAUAGUGAAAUGCAAUUAUACUUUCUAUCAGUUUCACUCUUUUAUUAGUCGACUUCUGUUCACACACUUUCUCUUGUGGUGGGCAGAAUCCUUAGGCUUUUCCUAUAGAUAACACACACACAUACACACACACACACAUUCUCACACACACUCCACCGGGGCUAAAUCCCAACAGGCCUCUCACUGCGGUAACAGGUUUAGAUUACCUAUAACUGUCUGACUAUUUCCUCCACAUUCAUUUAGCGCUUCUUUCUAAUCCUCUCUCGCUAUCAGAGACGAGCCCUCAGGGUUUCCUGACAUUAACACCUCCAGUGUGAUGAGGAAAGGAGGGGGCCUCACAAAGUUAACACGAUCACAAUCGCAGAAGAGGGGUUGGUGCACAAACAAAAAUGUAAUCAGAUCCUUUUAAGUGUUAGUUUGGACUAACCAUGCGCAUAAAUAUAUAAUUAUCAGACGCAUCUUUAAGCGUUUGUGUGCCAGAAUUUUCAUCAGAAUUUUUUUGUUUUGUUUAUUCAGUCAUGAAAAAUUAGCACAUCCGCAAAUAGUUAUCUUGACAAAAUCAACACUGAACACCAGCCUUGCUACAGAUGCUGUUGUUUGCUUUUGUUGGUCACCUAGAAGCGUCAGUAUCAAUUUCAGUUUGUUAUCUAACCAACAAAAAACUCCUUACAGGAGCUUUAAUUGCUUUGGAAACAGCAAAAAGCAUGAAAAGAAGUUUAAAAUCAGGACUAUCAUGAUCUCUGUUUGAGGUAUACUUGUGUGGGGGUUGUCAGGAGGACACACAUCAUGUUUACAGGUGCUGAAUAAUAAUGAUGUGAACAGGAAAGUGUUUAUCUUUUUUUCUCUUUCAUCUUUUCUUCAGACACCAAUGAGUGUGAAAUGAAUAUCUGUGUCCACGCCCGCUUCUGUCGCAACCUGAUCGGUGGAUACCUGUGUGACUGCCUACCUGGAUGGACGGGGCCCAACUGUGACAUCAGUGAGUAUGAAAGAGAGGCAACAGGAAAGGGAAGGAGAGGCAGCUGAGGUGAAAUCAGUGGAAGCAAAAGAAACAUGGUGGGAUUGGAUGAGAUGGAUAAAACCAAGAGAGAGAAGAAAAAAGUAAAGAAAGGAAGGAAAACUGAAGUGAGGAGAAAGGAAAGGGUGUGUGAAAUACUUUAAAUGCUGUGUUUUUGUAAAAAAAAUGUUCAUUAAUGUUUUAUUUUCCAUAGGGAACAGCAGCUGUCAUGGUUUGUGUCUAAAUGGAGGACAGUGUGAGGUAAGACUCCAGGCUUUUCUAUCUGUCUUAUUGCACACAGUGCUAACUUGCUGUAAUGUCAUUUCCUCACUCACAUUUUAUUGUAGUGACAUUGCUGCUGCUUUCUUCUCAUCCUUCCUUUUCCUGCUCCCUUAAAUGGAAAACUCUUGAAAAGUGCACCAUAACUGUGAAGCCCUUGGCAUUUCAGCCUCUUUUCGGGACAUGAAAACUUCUUUUUGAAAAUUUUUUGCCUCAAGAUGUGUGCAGUGUUUAGUCUCAGAGGAGAAAAUGCUUCCAAGCCUGAGGCAGAUCUAUGACAGUUUCCUUUUCUUCUCUCUAGCUUGGUGCUCUUUCCCCAACUUCAUGUAAUUAUUGAUUAGUCACACAUGAAAUAACAAACAUUUUUAAUUUCCCACAGGACCAGGUGUCAGGGUCCAGAUGUUUAUGUCCGCCUGGUUUCUCUGGGAAAUACUGUCAAAAUCGCCCAAAUGCUUGUGAAAGCGCCCCCUGUCUGCAUGGAGGGCAGUGUGCGGAGAAGGAUGGACGGACGGUCACCUGCAGCUGUCCCCAGGGAUAUUCAGGAUCUUUUUGUGAGGUUGGGGAACAUUUGUUUUUCUGCUGAAACAAACAUUGUAAAAACAGGUAUUUAGUGACAAAAUGACAUGUGCGUUGAAAGCUCAUCUUUUAAUUUCUGUUGGAUGUUGCACUCCUCAGAUAUUGUCUCAUGUCUGACUCUCUGGGUUUAUAAAGAGCUUCGUGUCAUGAAUAAUCUCACUUUUUGCAGAAAUUGCUAUUCUAAUCUGUUAUUGGUAUCCCUUAUUUUAUUACCGUUUCUCUAUUCCUGAGCCAUGCAUAUACAAAAAAAAUCCUAAAGUUUAUAUACCAUCUCAGCUAAACACAGGUGUAGAUGUCUUAUGUGUACUAGAUUGGAGUAGCAGUUCAACAAUUUGUUAGUUGUUUGCUCAAGUUAUUGUUGUUACUCAGUUUCAUUAACAGUCACAAACUUUUCUCAGACCCAUCACCCUGAAGUGUUAAAAUAAUUUAACGGCUUAAGGAAAGUAAUCAGAUAAUGCUGGAAAAAGCCCAGGCUAUUAUCGAAAAGACUCCUUUAGGUAUUUGUUUCUGAAAAAUCUAAGCAACAGUUCCAGUUACUUAGUUUUUUUGUGUUCUGCCUGUUAUUCCAGAUUCCUUUAGAUCCAUGCAGUCCCAACCCCUGCCAGCAGGGAGCAUCCUGUCACAGCUUAGACGGCAGGUACAUUUGCACCUGCCUCGAGGGUUACUAUGGUAACCAAUGCACGAGCCUCAAGAAUCCUUGCAUUGGUCAGCACUGUCCAGGUAUGAAACCUGAGUUACUUUUCAGUCUUUUAAGGUGCAAAAUUUGCGUUGAAGAUGAGUCUAACUUCUGUGUUUCCUUCUCUGUGGAUAAAGGAGCCAUGUCUGACCCGACACACCAGGGGAUCAGCUUUUACAUCAUCCUGGUGGGCGUAUUAGCUUUAGUGACGGUUUGUGGCUGUGCUGCCUGCGCUUUCAUUCUCUCUCACCUCCAUCGGAAGAGGAAAAAGCAGCAGGCCGUCCCACAGGAAGAAGGCAUCAACAACCAGAGGGAAUUUGUCAACCUCAUCAGAAACGUGGACCGUCCUGUGCCCCUCCUGCCCCCUGCCAUCCCGCCUUCACAGCCUCCGGCCCCUCCCCCUGUCACGCGAUGCUAUGAAGAGAUUGAACUGACCCUGCCGCCUUCACCUGCACCUUCACACCCAUCUCCAGCACUAAAGCCAGCCCACCUGCCCAAACUGGACAUUUCAAACCGGGAGAGGGAAAAGUUGAAUCGAAUUUACUACACAGACAAUCAGGAGGUGGAGGCCUGA